CGACAUCAAGGUGGUGCGUCCGCUGUACAGCGUGGAGGUCACGGAGACGGAGACGGCCAAGUUUGAGACGGAGAUUUCCGAGGACGAUGUCCCGGGACACUGGAAGCUGAAAGGAGAAGCGUUGCAGCAGUCGGCCGAUGUGGAAAUCAAGGCGGAGGGCCCCAAACAUCUUCUGAUCCUCUACAACGUGCGCAUGGACAUGGCGGGAGGUGUGGAGUUCUCAGCGGGCAACGCCAAAUCAAACGCUCAGCUGCGAGUGAAAGCUCGAGUCAUACGCCUCCUGCGGCCGCUGAAGGACGUGACGGUGACGGCCGGGGAGACGGCCGCCUUCCGCUGCGAGCUGUCCUACGAAGGCAUUGUCGUCGACUGGUUCCUGGCGGGGAACAAGAUGGAGGCCGGCGAGCGGGUGAAGAUUCAAAGAGACGGCCGAAUUCACGCUCUGACGGUCGGGGAUGUGAAGCUGUCGGAGGCGGGCCAAGUCAGAUUGACCGCCAAGGAUUUCCAGACUCGGGCGCAGCUGAUCGUCAGAGAGCCUCCGGUGGCGUUCACCAAGCCGCUGGAGGACCAGACGGUGGAGGAGGAGGCCGCCGCCACGCUGGAGUGCGAGGUGUCCAGAGAGAACGCGCUCGUUCAGUGGUUCAAGGAGGGGCAGGAGAUCCGCAAGAGCAAGAAAUACGACACCGUCGUCGAUGGUCGAAAGAGGGCCUUGACCAUCCACGACUGCAACCUGGAAGACAUCAAGACGUACACGUGCGACGCCAAGGACUCCAAGACUUCCUGCUUCCUUGACGUCAUAUCACCUUACGUGGAGUUCAUCCAGCCUCUGCGAGAUGUUGAGGUCCUCGAAAAAGAAUCCGCCAGGUUUGAAUGCAAAGUUUCCCGAGAGUCGGCCAAGGUUUGCUGGUUCAAGGACGGCUGCGAGAUCAGAAAAGGCAAGAAGUACGAGAUCUUGGCCGACGGGCUUCAGAGGAUCCUGAUCGUCCACAAGUCCGCCAUGGAUGACGAGGCGGAAUACGAGUGCGACGCCGGCACGUCAAAGAGCUCCGGCAUGCUGACUGUCAUCGAGGAGGCCGCCAAGUUCACCAAGAACCUGUCCAAUGUGGAAGGCACGGAGACGGACAGCGUGAAGUUGAUCUGCGAGGUGUCCAAGCCUGGGGCGGAGGUGACCUGGUACCAAGGAGACAGGGAGUUGCCGGAGGGCGGCCGCUACGAGCAGAUCGCGGACGGACGCAAAAGGAUCCUGAUCAUCCAAGACUUGAGGAUGGAGGAUGCCGGCGAAUACAACUGCCGACUGAGCCCCGGCGUCAGGACGGCCGCCGUCCUGAAACUGAACGAACUCGAAGCCGAGUUCAUCGCCAAACCGCAGGACCAGGAAGUCGUGGAAGGGGAGAGGGCUCAGUUUGUCUGCUCGGUUUCCAAAGAAACCUAUGAGGUGAAAUGGUUCAGAGGGGAGGAGGAGGUGGAAAGCGGGGACAAAUACGAGAUUGUCAGCGAAGGAAAGAGACGAGCUCUCGUCGUGAAAAACUGCCAGCUGAAGGAUGAGGGAGGUUACGUGGUCCUCAUCGGCAGCCUUCGAGCCUCCGCGGAGCUGCUCGUGAUCGAAAAACUGAGGAUCGUCACACCCAUCAGAGACACGGAAGUCAGAGAGGGAAGCGAGAUCGUCUUCAACUGCGAGAUGAACAUGGAGGGAGUGAAGGCCAAGUGGCUGAAGAACCAGGAGACCCUGUUUGAGAGCAGCAAGUACACGGUGGCUCAGAGAGACGCCGUCUUCUCCCUGCGGAUCUCGGACGCCCGCAAGGCCGACGAGGCCGACUACACCGUCGGCCUGACCAAUCACAGAGGAGAGCACGCCACGUGCUCGGCCCGCGCUAAAGUUACUGAGGAGGAGCUCAAGUUCUUGGCUCCCAUCGAGGACGUCGAAACGCAGGAAAAGAAGACGAUCAGUUUUGUGUGCAAGGUGAACCGACCAAAGUCGACCGUGAGGUGGCUGAAGGACGGCCGGGAGGUGGAGCUCAGCAAGCGCGUCGUCUACCGAAGCGAAGGUCUCAACCACAGGCUGACCAUCAAGGACUGCGUCCCGGAGGACGAGGGCGAGUAUCGCGCCGAGGUCGGAGAAGACAAGUGCGCCGCCGAACUGAUCGUCAGCGAGGCGCCGACGGACUUCACGGCGCAACUCAAAGACCGGACCGUCACCGAGUUCGAGGAUGCGCAAUUCAACUGCAAGUUGUCCAAAGAGAAGGCCGCCGUCAAGUGGUACAGGAACGGCCGGGAGAUCCGAGAAGGGCCGAGGUAUAUCGUAGAGAGAGAAGGUAAGACGUGCAGACUGGUCGUCAAGGGAUGCAGACCGGACGACGAAUGUGAAUACGCCUGUGGCGUGGAAGAGAAGAGGACCAGAGCGAGACUAUUUGUCGAAGAAAUCCCCGUGGAGAUCAUCAGACCGCCCCAGGACGCUUUGGAAGCGCCCGGCUCAGACGUGGUGUUUGAGGCGGAGCUCAACAAGGACAGAGUGGAGGUGAAAUGGAUGAGAAACAACAUGAUCAUCGUCCAGGGGGACAAGUACCAGAUGAUCGGCGAGGGGAAAGUUCACAGACUGCAGGUGUGCGAGGUCCGACCUCGAGACCAGGGCGACUACAGGAUCGUCGCCAAAGACAAAGAUGCUCGAGCUAAGUUGGAGCUGGCGGCUCCUCCAACGAUCAAAACCACAGACCAGAACCUGGUCACGGAUGCCGGCAAGCCCUUCGUCAUUACCGUGCCCUACGACGCCUACCCUCGGGCGGACGUCGAGUGGUUGUUCGACGGCGUCGGUCUACCUGUCCAGAACGUCGACAACUCGGCGGACAAGACGGCGUACCGCCUUCAGAGUCCCAGCAAAGAAGACCGGGGCAGGUACAAGGUGGUGAUCAAGAACAAGCACGGCGAGGCGGAGGCUCUCAUUAACCUGGACGUGAUCGAUGUGCCCGGACCCGUCAAGAACCUGAGGGUGACCGACACCGUUGACGGCGAAGUCAGUUUGGCCUGGGAGGAGCCCGACAGCGACGGCGGGAGCAAAAUCACAUCGUAUCACGUCGAGAGGCGCGAUGUGAAGCGUAAGACCUGGACGGUGGCGACGGACCGCGCCGACGCGCCGGAGUAUUGUGUAAGUGGCCUCCAAAAGGACUGCUGGUACCUGUUCAGAGUCUGCGCCAGAAAUCGCGUCGGGAGCGGACCCCGCGUCGUCACCGAAGACGCCGUUCAGGCCAAGAAUAAAUUUGAUGUUCCCGACGCGCCGGAGAACGUGGCCGUCGGCGCGGUGAACAGAUUCGGCGCCGCCGUCACGUGGGAGCCUCCCGCGUUUGACGGCGGCUCGGAGAUCACCGGCUACGUGAUCGAGCUCCGCGACAGGACUUCCGUAAAGUGGGAGGCGUGCGCGCUCUGCGGGGCCAACGAGCGCUCGGCCGGUCUCAAUGACGUGGUCGAGAACAAAGAGUACAUCUUCAGAGUGCGAGCGCAGAACAAGGCCGGCGUCGGCAAGCCCAGCGCCGCCACCAAGCCCGUCAAGAUCAUGGAUCCCAUCGAGAGGCCCGGCCCGCCCCUCAACCUCAACUUCCAUGACCAAACCAAGGACGCCGUCACGCUCGCCUGGGAGCCCCCGGCCAGCGACGGCGGCAGCAGGGUCACGGGCUACAUCGUUGAGAAGUGCGAGGAGGGCACAGACAAGUGGCGCCGCUUCAACGCCAGACUGUGUGCCGACCUCUCCUACCGGGUGUCUGGACUGAAACACGGUUCCAAGUACCUCUACAGAGUUUGUGCCGAGAAUGCCGCCGGUAUCUCUGAUCCGGCCGAGCAACUGGGCCCGCUUCUUGCCGACGAUCCUCACGUGGGUCCGACGCUCGACCUGAGCGCCUUCAGGGACGGCUUGGAAGUCGUCGUCCCCCGGCCUCUCGCCAUCAGAGUCCCCAUCACCGGAUACCCGACCCCCACCCCCACAUGGACGUUUGAAGAGAAGGAGCUGACGUCAGCAGCCGAGCGCGUCUCUCUGGCGACGAGGCCCUCGUACGCCGAGCUCAAAGUCGUGCCGAGCGUCCGUCCGGACAAAGGGCUCUACGCCCUGCAGCUGGAAAACGAUACAUCCUCUGUCUCUGGAGAGAUUGAUGUCAACGUUAUCGCCUGCCCCGGCGCUCCCAAAGACUUCAAGGUGGCCGAGGUGACGAGACACCACGUCCACCUGAUGUGGGAGCCUCCCGAGCACGACGGAGGAAGUCCCGUCACGCACUAUCAGAUCGAGAAGAGAGAAGCGUCUCGGAAGACCUGGGCCAAGGUGGCCACGGGAGUCCUCGACCUUGAGCAUACCGUGACGGACGUCAUUGAAGGCAAGGAGUACCUGUUCGGCGUCGCCGCCUGCAAUAAAUGCGGCCCGGGCGAGCCGUCCUACAUCGCCGACCCCGUCAACGUGUCUUCUCCGGCCACUGCACCCGAUCCUCCCGAGAAUCUGAAGUGGCGCGACAAGAGCAGCAAGGGCAUCUUUCUGUCUUGGGAGCCUCCAAAGUACGACGGUGGCUCCCAGAUCAAAGGUUACGUGGUGGACAAAUGUCAACGUGGGACCGACAAGUGGGAGCCCUGCUCAGAUCCUGUUCAAGAGCUGAAGUUUCAGGUGACGGGUCUGACCGAGGGACAGUGGUAUGCCUACAGAGUCCGAGCCGUCAACAAACUAGGAGCCGGUCGACCAUGCAGGGCUACUGACGAGAUCCAGGCUGUGGAUGCCAAAGAACCUCCCGAGAUUCAGCUGGAUGUGAAGUUGCUGGCCGGUAUCAGCGCCAGGGCCGGCAGCACAAUCGAACUCCCCGCCGACGUCAAAGGGAAGCCGGAUCCCCGCGUCAAGUGGACCAAGGCUGACCUGGUCCUGCGGGCCGAUGACCGCGUUGCCAUCGACACGCAGCCGGGACACUCCAAGUUGUCCGUUGCCCGCACGACCAGAGGCGACAGCGCCACCUACAUCAUCGAAGCCGUCAACACCUGCGGACGUGCGACUGCUACCGUCGACGUCAACAUUCUCGACAAACCCGGCCCACCCGCCGCCUUCGACAUCUCCGAAAUCACCAAUGAGUCUUGCCUCUUGGCCUGGAACCCUCCACGAGAUGACGGUGGCUCACCCGUGACCAACUACAUCGUGGAGAGUCGCAAGACCGAUGAGGAGAAAUGGACCAAGCUGUCGACCACCGUUAAAUACACCACCUUCAAGGCCUGCAAGCUCACCGCUCUGAUGGAGUACAUCUUCAGGAUCAGUGCCGAAAACCAGUACGGCGUGGGAGAACCUGCCGAGCACGCGCCGAUUGUUGCAAAGUAUUCAUUUGAUGCUCCGGCCCCUCCAUCCAGAGUCACUCCCUCCGACAUAGCCAAGGAUGCCGUGACCCUCAACUGGCUUGAGCCGGACGAGGACGGCGGCAGUCCCAUCACUGGUUACUGGGUCGAGAGGUUUGAUCCCGACACCGAUAAAUGGGUCAGAUGCAACAAGCUGCCCAUCAAGGACACCGGCUUCAGAGUGAAAGGACUGCGGACGAAGAAGAAGUACCGAUUCCGGGUCCUGGCUGAAAAUCUGGCCGGAACUGGAAAACCAAGCAGGGAAACGGAUCCGGUCCUCGUCAAAGACCCCAUUGAUCCUCCAUGGGCUCCUGGCAAACCCGCGAUCCGUGACAUCGGCAAGACCUCUGCCCUGCUGGCGUGGACCAGGCCCGAGCACGAUGGCGGCGCCAAGAUCGACGCUUACGUCAUUGAGUUACAGAAAAGCGGCAGCGAUGAGUGGAUCCGCAUCGCCGAGGACGUCGCUCAGACCGAACACCGGGUGCGGGGCUUGAUGGAGAAGCAGGAGUACGCCUUCCGGAUCAAGGCCGUCAAUAAAGCCGGCGAGAGCGAACCCAGCGAGCCCUCCGACUCUGUCGUCUGCAAGGAGAGACUCUACCCCCCAUCUGCACCUCAGUGGCUGGACGUGGCCAACAUCACCAAGAUCAACGCCGAUCUGAAGUGGCAGGCACCCAGCAGCGACGGAGGCUCAGCCAUCACCAACUAUGUGGUGGAGAAGAGAGACGUGCGGCGGAAAGCUUGGCAGACCGUGGAUACCACAGUCAAGGAGCUCAAAUACACGGUGACCCCGCUCAACGAAGGCUCCUUGUAUGUGUUCCGCGUGGCUGCUGAAAAUGCCGUCGGCCUGGGCGAAUUCUGCGAGCUGGAGGAUGCCGUGCUGGCUAAAGACACUUUCACCACUCCCGGACCUCCUUACGCUCUGACCGUCGUGGAGGUCACCAAGAGACACGUGGAGCUGAAAUGGGAAGCUCCGAAAAGCCACGGCGGACGACCCAUCACCAGGUACGUGAUCGAGAAGAAGGACAAACUGGGAACUCGUUGGUUGAAGUGCUGCAAGACUCCGGACAAACAAACUCAAUUCACGGUGACCGAUGUGGACGAGGGCUCAGAGGUCCAGUUCCAAGUGCGCGCGGAAAACGAGGCGGGGGUCGGGGAACCCAGUGAACCCACCGAGACCCUGACCAUCGAGGAUCCCACCAGUGCACCGUCCCCUCCCUCGGGGGUGACUGUCCCAGAUAGCAGCCGGGAGCACAUCACCGUCGCGUGGAAGCCGCCGGUCAAGGAUGGCGGCUCCCCGAUCAUCGGUUACCACGUCGAGGUGGCCGAGGCUCGUCCAGAGCUGAAAUGGCUGCGGGUCAACAGCAGACCGAUCAAAGACCUCAAGUUUAAAAUCGAGGACGGAAUCAAACCGGAGAAGAAGUACGUCAUCAGGGUCCGUGCCGUGAACGCCAUCGGCGUGGGCGACCCCUCGGACAUCUCCGACAAGGUUUUCACCAAGGAUCCAGACUGUGCCCCGACUAUGGAGUUGGACGCAAAGGAUGUGGUGGUGAUCGAGGGAGAGAAGCUGCACCUGAACGUUCCCUACAAGGCCAUCCCCACGCCGCAGAUGGUGUGGCAGAAGGACGCGGGGGAAUGUAAGAGUGGAGAGCGGCUCUCCAUGAGAGUGGAGAUGAACAGCGCCCACCUGGAAUUGCUUCGGUGCGCACGUUCCGAUGCCGGCGUCUACGCCAUCACCCUCGAAAACAGCCUGGGGACCGCCGGUGGAAACGUCAACGUCAAAGUCAUUGGGCUCCCCGGUCAGUGCAAAGACAUCAGCUCCGGCAAUGUCACAAAGAACUCCUGCGAUGUCAGCUGGGUGGCACCCGAGGACGACGGAGGGACGCCAAUUCUUAGUUACACGCUGGAACGUCGCGAAGCCUCCAAAAAGACCUACGUGCCCGUCACGUCGGGAGAGCACGUUCUCGGCCGCACGGUCAAAGACUUGCGCGUCAACUGUGAGUACUACUUCCGGGUGAGAGCCGUCAACGAGGUGGGCGCCGGAGCCUAUCUGGAGUUGCGAACCCCCGUCAUCAUCGAGGAGAUCAAGCAGAAACCAGACCCGCCCAUCCAAGUGGAGGCCCACGAGCCAACGUCCAAAUCCGUCACCAUCACUUGGAAAGCGCCCGAUUAUGACGGCGGCUGCCCCAUUCAAGGUUACAUUGUGGAGCGGAUGGAGAAGGACGGCGAGCGCUUCGAGCGGGUUACCCCCGGCCCGGUUCCCGGUUUCUCCCAUGUCGUGACGGGUCUCAAGGAGGACAAGGAAUAUCAGUUCAGGGUCCGAGCCGAGAACGCCGCCGGAAUCAGCGGACCGUCUCGGAGCACCCAACCCGUCCGAGCCGCCGACCCCGUCGAAAAACCGACGGUCACCCUGCAUGCCCGCGUGCAGUCCGGCUUGUGCGUUAAGAAGGGCGGAGAGAUUCGCAUCGAUGCCAACAUCUCGGGCUCCCCUUACCCCAAGGUCACCUGGAUGAGGAACAAUGAGGACGUCACCAAAGAGCCCACCAAGAAGGUCGUCCCAUUGGUUAAGAGGAAGACCAAAGCCAAGGCUUAUGGCCCCCCAGAAGAGUUUGUGACGCCACUGCGCGAGCGCCUCGGUUUGGACCAGACAAAGAAGGGUCACUCCGCUUUGAUGAUACGAGAGGCCAUCCGAGCGGACCACGGCAUCUUCACCAUCCAGGUUGAGAACAUUCACGGCCUCGCCACCGCCUCUUGCGUCGUCAACGUCCUGGACAAACCCGGGCCCCCCAUCAACUUCACCUUUGAUGACAUCAGGAACACCUCAGCGGUGUGCAACUGGGAGCCUCCCGAGGAUGACGGCGGCAGUGAGAUCCUGAACUAUAUCGUGGAGAAAAAAGACAACAAGAGCGACGACGUCGGCUGGAUCACCGUUACCUCCACCUUGAAGGGCACCGGCUUCCCCGUCACCAAGCUGAUCGAAGGGAAGGAGUACAUCUUCAAAGUUACCGCCGAGAACAAAUUUGGAUGCGGACCACCUCUGGUCUCUGAACCGCUGGUGGCCAAGAACCCGUUUGAUCCUCCCGACGCACCCAACACCCCGAGAGUUCACGAAGUGACGGCGAGCUCGGCCCACCUCUCCUGGCACGAGCCGAAGGACAACGGCAGUCCCAUUUUGGGCUACUGGAUUGAGAGGAAAGAAGUGAAUAGCAAACACUGGACUCGCGUCAACCGCGUUCUCCUCAACUCUCUGGAAGUGAAAGCGAGCGGCCUGCUGGAGGGACUCACCUACAUCUUCAGGGUGUGUGCCGAGAACCUGGCUGGGCCCGGACCUUUCAGCGAGCCCACGGACCGCAUCGUUGCAAUGGACGCCAUCCUGCCUCCGGGUCCUCCGACACCAUGGAUCGUAGACACCGGCAAAGACUCGGUCAUCGUGUCCUGGAAGCCGCCUUUGUACAAUGGAGGAGGGGACAUCUUGGGCUACCACGUUGAGAAGGUGGUGGCCGGGGAGAAGAACUGGACUCGCAGCACGGAGUUCAGGUGCAAGGAGCUGACCUACACCGUCACAGGUCUGACCGAAGGAACCGAUUACUACAUUCGAGUCAUCGCCGUCAACGACGCGGGUCCCGGAGCACCGGGAGUCACAGACCCCGUCACCGUCAAGGAGCCUCAAGAACCUCCGGCCGUGGACUUCGACGUCUCCGUCAAGAAUGGCGUCAUGAUCAAGGCCGGCGAGUCGCUGAAGCUUCCCGCCGUGGUGACUGGCCGACCGCAGCCUGAGGUCAAGUGGGCCAAAGACGAUGCUGAAAUUGACAAGGGGAGAAUGAUCGUGGAGACGGAUGGCAAGCACAGCAGUCUCUUCAUCAAGAAGGCACUCAGGAAGGAUCAUGGCAAAUACCAGAUUUCAGGCACCAACAGCAGUGGGACUAAGGCUGCCGAAACCAAAGUUGACGUCAUGGACGUCCCAGGGCCUGUGGUCGACUUGAAGACUGUGACGGUGACCAAGAAGAACAUCACCCUCACCUGGUCCGAUCCGCUAGACAACGGCGGCAGCGACAUCAUUGGCUACGAGGUCCAGAGAAAGGAUGCCAAGAUGAAGCUCUUCCGCCAGCCCAUUGAGGUGGCGUCCUGCAAAUGCGACGUCCAGGGACUGCUGGCGGGCGAGGAGUAUGAUUUUAGGGUCAUCGCCCGAAACAAGUAUGGAGACGGCGCGCCGGCGGACCUCGGGCCCAUUUUAGCUCAAGAUCCCAAAGGUACGCCAUCUGCUCCCGAGAAGCUGCGCUACACCGAUAGAAGCAAGAACACCAUCGCGCUGGCCUGGCAGCCCCCGCGCAGCGACGGCGGUAGCCCCAUCGUCGGCUACUACGUGGAGAAGAUGAGAUCUGACGGCGGUGAGUUCGAGGUGGCCAACCGCAAGAUCUUUACCAAGUGCUCCGGUGUCCUCGAGAACUUGUCAGAGAACCAGGAGUACGAGUUCCGCGUCAAAGCCGUGAAUGAGGUUGGGGAUGGCGCUCCAUCGAAGCCCAUCGCAGCCAAGAUUCAGGAUGAUGAAAUUGCACCGGUUAUUACAAUCCUGAAGUACUUCAAGAGUAACUCGAUCAUUGUGAAGAAAGGCUCCGCCAUCGACAUUCCAGCUGAGGUUAAGGGCCUUCCUCUUCCGAGAAUCAAGUGGAUGAAGGACGACGAGGUGAUAGACAAAUGCGACAAAGAGAAGAUGACAGUGGAAACCGAGGAGGUGAAUCGCACAACAUUGAGGACAACCAUUUCCAUGCCACAAACCAUCAGGCAGGACAAAGGCAAUUACAAACUUGUGGCUGAAAACAGUUACGGCAAAGCUCAGCACGUCAUCCGCGUAGAAGUCCUUGACCGCCCUCUUCCCCCGAAGAACGUUGUGGUCUCCGACAUCAAGGUGGACUCCUGCUACCUGACCUGGGAUGCCCCGGAAGACAACGGGGGCAGCGAGAUCACCAACUAUACGGUCGAACGCAGGGAUGCCAGCAAGAAGAAAUCGGACUUUGAGGCAGUGACCUCCAACCUCAUUGAUCGGCGCUACGGGGUCUACAAACUGAAUGUGGACGGUCACUACCAGUUCAGAAUCAGGGCGGAGAACAAAUACGGCGUCAGUGACGGCUGUGACUCUGAGAAGGUGGAACUGAAGGAUCCGUUUGGGCUCCCCGGACCGCCACGAAACCCCAGGAUCAUUGCCGCCACAUCAAACACAAUGACUCUGACCUGGGAUCCCCCGCUGGACAACGGCGGCUCCGCCAUACAAGGCUACUGGCUAGAGAAGAGGGAACGCGGAGCCGUGUACUGGGGGCGCGUUAACCGGUGCCCGGUCACCAAACCGGCCGUGAAAGCUCUGCAAUACACCGUUCUCAAGCUCAUCGAAGGAACGGAAUACCAGUUCAGGGUGGCGGCAACCAAUGCCGCGGGGGUCGGACCUCCCAGUGAGUCCACAGAGUGCCGCUUCGCUGUGGACCCGUGCAGUCCUCCUACCGCACCCGGAUCCCCUGAGGUCAAAGACAAGAGCAAGAACAGCGUCACGCUCGCCUGGAGACCCCCAGACAGGGACGGUGGCAGCCCUGUCAAGGGUUACGUCAUUGAGGUGCACGAGGAAGGCUCCCCUGAUUGGAGAAGGGUGAAUCCUGCCGACAAACUCCACCCAUCCACCGAGAUGACCGUCCCCGACCUGAAGGAGGGCAAGAAGUGCAAGUUCAGGAUCUACGCUGUGAAUGCCGCAGGCAAUUCUGAGCCUGCCAGGACUGGAGACGUCCUCGUUCAGGACAUCCUAGUUGAGCCGACGGUGUCUUUGGAUGUGAGUGCUCACGACCUGCUGAACUGCAGGGCUGGAACCACCAUCAGGAUCCCCGUCACCAUCAGCGGGCGUCCGGUGCCUAGAGUAGCCUGGACCUUCGACGGAACGGCCGAGACCGAGACGAAAAAUGAACUUCAUACACUUCCUCUCGACUCGGAGGUUCACUCCACCGACACGAGCUCCUUGGUCAUCAUUCCUGUGUGCAAAAUGAACCACGCUGGCCGCUACAUCGUCAACGCGGAAAGCCCGGCCGGACACAAAGUAGUCAAAGUGCGAGUCAACGUCCUUGAUCUUCCGGGACCUCCUCGAGACCUGAAUGUGAGCGACGUGACCAGAGGUACUUGUCGACUCACCUGGAAACCUCCAGAGAAUGACGGAGGAGAGAGAGUGAAGAGCUACUUUAUCGAGAAGAAGACUGUCGUGGGAAAAGCCUGGACAAAGGUGAAUUCAUCCUGUGCUGCGCAGUCUCUGGUGGUUCCAGACCUGAUUGAAGGUCAGGAAUACCUGUUCCGCGUUCGUGCCGAGAAUCGAUUUGGUUUCGGGCCCUAUGCGCAGACCGCCGAGGGAACCACAGCCAGAGAUCCUAUCCACCCACCGGAUCCUCCAACCAGGCUUAAAAUCGAGAGCGUGAGGAAGGGUACAGUGACCCUCACGUGGAAGGUUCCCAGAAACGAUGGUGGAUCACCUGUCACUCACUAUAGCGUUGACCUACUCUGCUGGGAUGCCAGCGGCAGCCAGAAAGAGUCCUGGAGGAGGUGUAACAGGAGGGACGUUGACGUCACAAGCUUUAAGGUGGAGGACCUGACAGAGGGUGAUGAAUAUGAGUUCAGAGUGAUCGCUUACAACCAGGCUGGAGCCAGCCGACCGUCUUCCACCGCUGGGCCCGUUCUCAUUCAGGACCAGACCCGCGCUCCGGCCAUCGAGCUGAAGGAGUUCAUGGAGGCCGAGCAAGGCAGCGACAUCAGCAUUGUGGCCAGGAUACGUGGCUGCCCGUUCCCCACUCUCACUUGGUACAAGGCCCCGCCCCACAAGUCCGACAGCAAGGUGGAGGUCCGCUACGACGAACAUAUCAACAAGAUGGUGUCUGACGACAGCUGCACGCUGCUGAUACAGCAGGGCAAACGCCCCGAUACUGGCCUUUACACGCUUGUGGCCUCCAACAGCCUUGGCAAAGCGUCCAAGGAGAUGAGGCUCAACGUGCUCGGUCGGCCCGGUCCUCCCUCUGCUCCCAUUAAGUUUGAGGAGAUCGGCGCAGAGAGGGUCACUCUCUCCUGGCUGCCACCGAAAGACGACGGGGGCUCCAAAAUCACCAAUUACGUCAUCUGGAGGCGUGUAGCGAACAGAAAUACCUGGGUCCCCGUCACCAGUGAGCCCAAAGAGCGCCUCUGGACGGUGGAAAACCUGAUGGAGGGCCACGAGUAUGUUUUCCGCAUCAUGGCCCAGAACAAGUAUGGAGUUGGCGAACCGCUAGACAGUGAUCCAGAGGUGGCCAGAAACCUCUACACCGUCCCCGGGCAAUGCGAGAAGCCGACCGUGUCCAGCAUCACCCUGGACUCCAUGACCGUGACUUGGGAGGAGCCCGACGACGACGGCGGAACGCCAAUCACCGGUUACUGGUUGGAGCGCAAGGAGACCACUGGGAAACGCUGGGCACGGGUCACCCGUGACCCCAUCCGCCCCGUGGGCCUGGGUGAAUCGUUUAAAGUCGGCGGACUCAUUGAGGGUUCCGAGUACAUCUUCAGAGUUACGGCCAUCAAUGCCGCAGGACCUGGACUCCCCAGUGUCCCGACCGAUCCCGUCUUUGCCAGAGACCCCAUCUCCCCACCCUCUCCACCAACACCAAAGAUUUCAGAUUGGACAAGGUCCACCGCGGAUCUGGAAUGGAUCCCCCCGCUGAAGGAUGGAGGCUCCAAAAUUAUCGGCUACUGGGUGGAGUACAAGGAGGAUUGCGCUGACGCCUGGGUCAAGGCCAAGGACACUGAAAUCCGUGGAACCCGCUUUGCGAUUGCCGGUCUGAAGACUGGCGGUCAGUACAGGUUUAGGGUCACGGCCUUCAACCUUGCCGGUCUUAGUGAACCAGGUGAAGUGCCCGGGGCGCUUGAGCUCAACGACAGAAAUGUUGCCCCCGACAUUGAUUUGGAUGCCUCGGUGAAGGAAAGGAUGGUGGUCCACGCCGGUGGGGUGAUCCGGAUCAUCUGUUACGUGUCGGGUCAGCCGUCACCAGAAGUCACCUGGAGCAGGGACGGAAUGGCUCUGCCCCCGGAGGCCAAGGUAGAGACGACGGCCAUCAGCUCAUCUCUGGUCAUCAAACCGUGUUCCAGAAGGCAUCUCGGCAUCUACACGGUGACUGCAAAGAAUGCUGCGGGGGAGAAGAGGAAGAAUGUCACCGUGGAAGUGCUGGACGUUCCCGGGCCGGUUGGCAUCCCCAUGAUCGCAGAGAACUUGAGCAACGAUUCCUGCAAGAUCAACUGGUACUUCCCAGAGAACGACGGCGGCUCCCCCAUUAGCAACUACGUGAUUGAGAAACGCGAAGCGGAGCGAAAAGCCUGGACGUCGCUGUCGUUCACCGCCAGCAGACAGAACGCCGUGGCUACCGGCCUCACCUCAGGCAAGGCUUACUUCUUCAGAGUUGCCGCCGAGAACGCCAUCGGCAUCGGCCCCUUCACGGAGACGGCGGCCGAGCUCGUCGUCAAGGAACCGCUGAGUGUGCCGGACCGACCCGAGGAGCUGGAGGUGACCACGGUCACCAAAGAUUUGAUCCACGUGACGUGGAAAGCGCCCAAGUUCGACGGCGGCUCCGAGAUCGUGAUGUACGUCCUGGAGGCUCGCAUGAUCGGCAAAGACAAGUUCACUCGAUUGACCAAGGAAAAGCUCAUGGAGAGGAAGUACACUUUUGACGGACUGAAGGAGGGUGACACCUACGAGUUCCGAGUCAGCGCCGUCAAUGAGGUGGGGCAGAGUAAACCGUCGUUCUGCUCCAAACCGGUCACCUGCAGGGAUGAGCUCGAGCCGCCGACGAUCGAGCUGGACUUCCGCGAUAAGCUCAUCGUCCGCGUCGGCGAGAGCUUCCUGCUGCAGGGUCGCUACACCGGCAAGCCUUCUCCAUCCAUCGUGUGGUACCGAGAUGACGAGGAGCUCAAGGCCGACAAGCACGUCAUGUUCAAGAAUACGCUGACCACACUGUCGCUGGGUGUGAUGAAGGCGCAGCGCUGCCACAGCGGCCGAUACGUGGUGGCGGUGGAGAACAGCACCGGCUCCAGGAAAGGCGUCUGCAACGUCACGGUUGUCGACCGUCCUUCUCCUCCCGUGGGUCCGGUUGUCUUUGAGGAGGUGCACCGUGAAUACAUGGUGAUCUCCUGGAAACCUCCUUUGGACAGCGGCGGCGUAGAAAUUUCCAACUACAUCAUUGAGAAAAGGGACGCAAACAGAGAGAUGUGGACCACUGUCACUUCAGCAAACACCAAGACCACAUGCAAGAUUCCCAAACUGACCGAGGGCAGGGAAUACGUAAUGAGGAUCUCUGCCGAAAACAUGUACGGUAUCAGUGACCCGCUGGACUCUGAGGAGAUGAGAGCCAAAGAUCUCUUCAGAGUUCCAGAGGCCCCUGAGAUGCCAACUGUCAGAGAGGUGUAUGGGACCAACGCAUUGGUGCUCUGGAACCGGCCCCGCGAUGGAGGGAAGCCCAUCACCAACUAUAUACUGGAGAAGAAAGAGCCCACUGCCAAGAGGUGGUCAAGGGCAACGAGAGAACCCUUGUACCCCGCUACUCAGUAUCGAGUCCAGGACCUGGUGGAGGGCUCUGAAUACGAGUUCCGUGUGAUGGCUGAAAACGAGCUCGGAACCGGAGACCCGAGUGAACCCUCAAAGCCCAUUCUUGCCAAGGAUCCCAUUGUACGGCCGAGUCCUCCCGUGACCCCUGAGGCGUACGACAAGACAAAAGACUCCGUGAGUCUCAAGUGGCAGACGCCCCGCCAUGACGGGAAAGGACGAAUAUUCGGCUACCUCGUGGAGUACCAGAAGCCGGGUUCAAUCGAGUGGAUUCCGGCUAACGAGCGUCCCGAGCAGUGCCCCGACCUGCACUACGUGGUGACGGGCCUGAGCGAUGGACACGAGUACGCCUUCAGGAUCUACACCGUUAAUGCCGCCGGAAAAUCGGACCCGGCCUAUGUCAAACAGACCGUGAAGGUCCAUGAUAGACUGGAGGCACCGGAGUUGCUGCUGGAUGCCAACAUGGCACGCGACCAUCUGGCCAUGCUGGGCACCGACAUCACCUUGAGUGCCACCAUCAAGGGUGUGCCCACACCCAACGUCAGCUGGAAGAAAAACAAUGCCGCGUUGCCAGCCCACAUCACCGUUGCCGUCACAUCCACCGGCAGCAAGAUCCUCAUCCCGAAGUGUGUCCGCCCCGACUCCGGCAACUACGCUCUCACGGUGGAAAAUGCUGCCGGAAAGAAAACGGCCACGGUUGCUGUUCUGGUUCUGAACAAACCUACGCCUCCGAGAGACUUGCUGGUCUCUGAGGUGACCAGCGAGUCUGCCUAUUUGACGUGGAAAGCUCCAGAGGACAACGGUGGCGCCGUUAUCUCCCAUUACAUUGUGGAGAAGAAGGAUGUGGCUGCCGAGCAGUGGGUCCCGGUCUCCGCAGCCCAUAAGAAGCGCAGUUUGAUGGCCAUGUAUCUGAUGGAAGGAAUCCAGUACCUGUUCAGAGUGGCAGCAGAAAACCAGUUUGGCAGGAGUGAUUAUGUCAUCACAAAGACUCCCAUCAAGGCUGUUGAUCCUCUGUAUCCGCCGGGACCCCCAAAGAACCUGCACCAUACCGAUGCAGACAAGACAGAAGUGUGGCUCGAGUGGGAGUGGCCCGAUCGCACCGGCGGAAGUGAAAUCACAGGCUUCAUCAUUGAGUACCAGAAAGAGAACGAGGUGGACUGGGUGCCCUAUAAGACUGUCAGCAGUAACCACGUGCAUGUCACCGGUCUGGGGGAAGGCAAUACCUACCGCUUCCGGGCAAUGGCUCAGAACGCUAUUGGCAUCAGUCGUCCUGACACCAGCGUUCCCGUCACCUGUCAGGAAAAAACAUUACCACCCGCUAUUGAAGUCGACGUGAAGCUUAUUGAGGGUAUAGUUGUUAAGGCAGGCAGCACUGUUGUAUUGCCUGCCAAGAUGAAAGGGAUCCCCAUCCCGACUGCCAAGUGGAUGACAGAUGGCAAGGAAAUUGCAUCAGAAGGUCACUAUAACAUCACAUCUACUGGAGCCACCACCACGCUCACCAUACCAGAAUGCAAGAGAGGAGACACUGGGGAGUACAUCCUCACUGUGUCCAACCCUGCGGGCAGCAAGACCGUGGCUCUGCACGUGACUGUGCUUGAUCUUCCGGGAGCACCCGUUGGGCCCAUCAACAUCUUGGAAGUCACCCCCGAUCAUAUGAUGAUACAAUGGAGGCCACCCAAGGACGACGGUGGUACACCCGUCACCAACUAUGUGGUUGAAAAGAAGGAUGUGAAGAAGUCGUGGGAGCCGUGGUCAGUCGUGAGCUCCGGCGGUAUCGGCACCAAAGCCAGGGUGUCGCGCCUGGAGAAGGGUCGAGAGUACGUUGUUCGAAUCCGCGCCGAGAACAAGAUCGGAAUCGGUGCCGGGCUCGAGAGUUCCCCUACCAUCGCCAAGCACAUGUUCAACCCUCCCGGUCCACCGGGCCUCCCAAUGUCCUCUGACAUUACAGAGAAUGCCGUGACAUUGGAAUGGUCCCGGCCCGAGCACGACGGAGGUAGUCCGAUCAGUGGCUAUGUGAUUGAACGCCGAGAGAUGACAGGCAAGUGGAUUCGUGUCAACAAAACUCCCGUGUUGGAUCUCAGAUACAGAGUUUCGGGUCUGUUUGAAGGCAACAGCUAUGAAUUCAGAGUGUUUGCCGAGAACAUUGCCGGCGUCAGCGAGCCGUCUCUCACCUCUGAUCCCGUCAAGGCCACCCGGCCCAUCACCAAGCCGGGACCCCCCGUCAAUCCUAAACUAAAGGACUGGAGCAAGUCUUAUGCGGAUAUCUGCUGGACCAAACCCACACGAGAUGGCGGCAGUCCUAUCCUGGGCUAUGUGGUCGAGAUUCAAAAGACAGGAUCCGCUCAGUGGGACAGGAUCAACAAGGAACUUGUCAAGCUGUGCGCCUACAGAGUACAAGGUCUCGUCGAAGGUAUGGAAUACAGGGUCCGCAUCAGAGCCACAAACAAGGUCGGAGAGAGCGAACCCCGGGAGCUGAGCGAGACCAUCUUGGCAAAGGACAUUCUCGUCCCUCCAGAGGUGGUUGUCGACGUAUCGUGCCGUGACUCUCUGACCGUAAGGGCGGGCCAGAUCAUCAGCCUGAUCGCCAGAGUUAAGGGCAGACCGGACCCAGAGAUCGCAUGGACCAAGGAUGCCAGGGCCUUGUCUCGAGACAAGCGCACUGUGCUGAACAACCGCUAUCCUCUGUGUGAAUUGGUCAUCAAUGAUGCUCUCAGGUCCGACUAUGGCAAAUAUUCCAUUGUUGCCAAGAACAGCAGUGGACAGGCUCAAGCCACGAUUAUCGUCAAUGUCCUGGACACACCCGGAGCUUGCCAGAAUAUAAAGGUGGCUUACGUGACCAAGAACUCUUGCAUGGUGUCUUGGGAGAAUCCAGAGGACAACGGAGGCACGGAGAUCACCCAGUAUAUUGUUGAGUGCCGUCAACCAAGCCAGAGGGGAUGGACGGUCGUUUCCAAUGACUGUACCAAGCGCCUGAUGAAGGCCCCACUCCUGGAGGGUUGUGAGUACUUUUUCCGCGUUAGCGCUGAAAACAAGAUCGGCGUUGGACCACCCGCAGAGACGAAGACAGCCGUGCUGGCAGUCGAUCCCAUCGAGAAACCCGGCGAACCUAUUGACUUCCACAUAGCUGAGAUUGGCAAGACCUUCUGCUUCCUCAAAUGGAAGAAGCCCGACUACGAUGGAGGCAGUCGUAACCUGGGUUACCACGUGGAGAAGAAGCCAAAGGAGGCUGAAGAGUGGGAGAGACUUCAUAAAGGUGCAAUCAAGGAGACUUACUUCAUGGCCGACAGGUGCGUUGAAAACCAGGUCUACCAGUUCAGAGUUCAGACCAAAAAUGAUGGCGGCGAAAGCAAAUGGGUGACCACAGCUGAAGUUGUCGUCAAGGAGCAACUUGUGGAACCAGAGAUCAAGAUAAAACUCGACGGAACCCUCGUGGUGAGGGCAGGGGACUCGAUUCCCAUUGAGGCAAUGGUCAAGGGCAAGCCCCAGCCUGAUGUCAAAUGGACCAAGGAUGAUGGCACUGAGGAGAUCAAAAAGGGCCCCAGGCUUCAGAUCGAAACCGGCACGGACUUCUCAAAGCUGCUUCUGACUUCAGCCCGGCGCGCGGACAGCGGCAAAUAUGUCGUCAGUGCCGCCAACGCUGCAGGAACAUGCGCCGCGCAUGCCAAGGUCAAUGUGUUGGACAGACCCGGCCCGGUGAGUGAUCUCCAGGUGUCGGGCGUUACCACCGACAGGUGCCAUUUAGCAUGGAACGUUCCGGAGGAUGACGGAGGCUGUGAGAUCUACAACUACAUCAUUGAGAAAUGUGACACCAAGAGGGGCGUCUGGUCCGUCCACUCAAAUGCAGUCAUCACCAACAAGGCCAAGGUGACUCGUCUUAUUGAGGGAAACGAAUAUAUCUUUCGAGUUCGUGCGGAGAAUAAAAUGGGUCCUGGCCCCGCGGUCAAGAGUGAGUCCAUUGUAGCCGGCACAAAGUUUAGUGUCCCAGGAGCACCUGAAGCACCGGAGGUCACCGGAGUUUCCAGGGAGGGAAUGACAGUGCAGUGGUCAGAGCCCGCCACAGAUGGCGGAAAGCCAGUCACCGGUUACCUGUUGGAAAAGAAGGAGGAGCAUGCUGUAAGGUGGUCCACCAUCAACAAGGAGCCAAUGCCAACGACUCGCUUCACCGUCACAGGAUUGCUGCCCCUGCACGAAUACCAAUACCGAGUGAAAGCCGUCAAUGAAAUUGGCGUCGGCUGCGCAAGCAAGCCCUCGCGUGCCGUCACAGCAAAGGACGCAGUUGAGCCUCCUGCACCACCCACCAACAUGAAGGUCCUGGACAGCACCAAGUCCACCGUAACUCUAGGAUGGACCAAGCCCGUAUCCGACGGCGGAGCACCCAUCAUCGGCUAUGUUGUCGAGAUGAGGGUGAAGGCAAGUGGCAAGAAAGGAGACGACAGUUGGAAACGCUGCAAUGUGGCUGCUCAGCUCGUCUUCUGUGAGUUCACCGUCACGAGUCUGGAUGAGAAGCUCCUAUAUGACUUCAGAGUGUCAGCUCAGAACCAGGUGGGCAUGAGCCUGCCCUGUGACCUGGAAACAUCUGUGCAUCCCAAGGAGAUACUCGAGGCACCGGAGAUCGACUUGGACGCCAAUUUAAGACAGGGACUAACAGUCAGAGCUGGUUGUCCCAUCAGACUGUGCGCUACCAUCAGAGGUAGACCGCCUCCCGCAGUCAUUUGGAGGAGGAUGGGCAUCGAUAAUGUCGUCAGGAAGGGUCACGUUGACAUCAUCGACACCAUGACCUUCUUGGUCAUUCCCGAUAGCACUCGGAACGACUCUGGCAAAUACUGUUUGACGGUGCGGAGUCCUGCUGGAGAAAAGGCCGUGUUCGUCAACGUUAAGGUCCUCGACACCCCGGGGCCUGUGAUGAAUCUGGAGGCCUCUGACAUUAGACAGACUUCAGCGAUGCUGUCUUGGAGCCCUCCAGAGGUCGAUGGCGGCAGUGAGAUCACUCACUAUAUCGUCGACAAGCGGGAAAUUGAUCGCAAGACGUGGGCGACGGUCAAGGCCGAAGUUGAGAAAGGCAAGAUUCCCUUCAAGGUCGGCGGUCUUGUGCCAGGCACAGAGUACUACUUCAGAGUGACUGCUGUCAACGAGUACGGCUCGGGAGUUCCUCGGGUGUCACCCACUUCCUACCUAGCCUCUGAUCCCAUCAGCAAACCCGAUCCUUGUGAGAAGAUUGAAAUCCUAGAGAUCACAAAGAACAGUGCUACAAUUGGCUGGGUGAAGCCUGCGAGGGAUGGUGGGGCAAAGAUUGACGGUUACGUGAUUGAGUACAUCGAGGUCAAACCUCCUCCACAAGCCCCAGCGGCAGCAGUCGAGAUCCCAGAAGAAGGGAAAGCUGCCUCACCGAUGCCACCGCCUCCAGUCUUGAAAGCGGAGCCUGAGGAGCCCGAGAAGGAGCUGUGGAAUGCGUACACCACUGUGAAGGGAUUGAGCAUCAGCAUCAGUGGCCUCAAAGAGGGCAAGAGGUACAAGUUCAGAGUGGCUGCCAAGAACAUCAUGGGCUUGAGCUUGUUCACGGAGACCAGGGACCCAAUCGAGAUUAAGGAACAGACGUUGGAGCCAAAGAUCAUAAUGCCAGACGUCGUCAGUGAAAGAGCCGGAGCCAAACUCAGGGUUGAGGCUGUCAUUUCUGGAAAACCCUCGCCAACCUGCAAGUGGAUUUGUGGCGACGUACCGCUGGUCUCUUCAAGCCGUCUGGCCAUGCACCAUUCUGGCAAUUUGUGUGUCUUGAUCAUCAAGGAUGUCUCAAGAACCGACAGCGGAGACUACAGCCUUGUGGCUGAAAACAGCUCUGCAAAGGCAGUCCAGGGUCUCAAGAUCGUCAUCAGAGACAUUCCUGGACCCCCCGGGGCGCCUGUCGAGAUCACUGACAUUGACUCCGAUGCCUGCUCCGUGUCCUGGACCCCACCACUGGAGGACGGAGGCAGCAAAAUCACGAAUUACGUGGUGGAAAAAUGCGAUGUCAGUCGAGGUGACUGGGUGAACGCUGUGUCCUCCUGCCAGAAGACAAGCUGCAGGCUGGGCAAACUCAUUCCCGGGAAAGAGUACGUGUUCCGCAUCCGUGCUGAGAACCGCUACGGGGUGUCGGACCCCAUCCAGUCCGAUAGGAUGAUUGCCAAGUUCCCCUUCGAUGUUCCCGGUGAACCUCUUAACUGUCACAUCAACAAGACGAACAAGGACUGCAUGUUUGUGGCCUGGGACAGGCCAGAGAGCGAUGGCGGCAGCCCUAUCACGGGUUACUACAUUGAGCGCAAAGAAAGAAACAGCCUCCUCUGGGUCAAGGCCAACGACACCGUUGUACGCACCACUGAGUACCCCUGCGCCGGCCUGAUUGAGGGCCUGGAGUACACCUUUAGGGUGUCAGCCAUCAACCGCGCUGGCCAGGGCAAGCCAAGCAAGAAGACUGAUUUUGUAACUGCGAGAACACCCAUCGAUACCCCUGGCAAACCGGAGGUCCUGGACAUGACCAAGAACUCCGUAACUCUUGUUUGGGGCCGGCCCAAGAACGACGGUGGCAGCAAGAUCAUCGGUUACUAUGUGGAGUCCACGUCUGUGCCCGGAGACGCGUGGUUGCGCUGCAACACCGUUUGCCAGAACGUCCCGAGGGAGGAGUACACCGUGACCGGCUUGGAACGAGACCUGCGAUACCGGUUCCGAGUCAUCGCCAAAACAGCUGUCAACAUGAGCAAACCCUCAGAGCCCACAGACCCAAUACUGGUCUGUGCCGAGAAUGUGCCUCCGAGAGUAGAACUGAACGCCAGGAUGCAGAAGGGCUUGAAGGUGAAGGCCGGAAGUGCGAUUCUCCUGGAGGCUGAGGUCUUUGGUAAACCAAUGCCGAAAGUCACGUGGAAGCGAGGUGAUGAGAGUCUGAGGUCAAAUGAAGGGCAGGUCAUCACCCAGCAGCGACACCAGUUCCAAAUGGAGAUGCUCUCGGUCACCAAGGAGCACACCGGGGUCUAUACCAUCCUUGCAGAGAAUGCCAGUGGCUCCAAGUCCGCCGAAAUCCACGUUACCGUUUUGGAUGUGCCUGGUCCUCCCGCCGGUUACAAGUACAUGGAAGUGUUUGCCAAUCAAAUGAAGUUGUCCUGGGAGCCGCCACUGAGGGACGGUGGAGCCCCAGUUACGAACUAUAUUUUGGACAAGCGUGAGACCAGCCGGGCCACCUGGGCUCAGGUCUCCUCAAAGAUCAAGGGUGACGAUCUUGAACAAAGGGUGGAGAAGCUGAUCGAGGGGCACGAAUAUCAGUUCCGAAUCCGUGCCGAGAACACGUGGGGAGUUGGAGACAGUCUCAUCACUGCCCCCGUCGUCGCCAAGAAUCCAUUCACUGUCCCUGGCCCGUGCGAGGCCCCGGUGAUUACCCAUGUCACCAAGGAUGCCAUGACGGUGAGCUGGAAGGAGCCCACCGAUGACGGAAAGUCCACCAUUCUGGGCUACAUGCUUGAGAAGAAAGAAACCAAGGAGAUGAACUGGACCAAGAUGAACAGGAAGCCCCUUUUGGAGCGGACUUUUGACGUCACCGGCCUUAGCGAGGGAGUGGAAUAUGAAUUCAGAGUCAUUGCUGUUAAUGUGGCAGGACUUGGAAAACCCAGCGAGCCCUCAGACGCCACCACGGCGCAAAAUCCCAUCACUCCUCCCGGCCCGGCGCUGAACCCGCGCGUGACGGACACCACCUCCAGCACCCUAAGCCUCAGCUGGAACGCUCCGGCCAACGACGGCGGAAGCCCAAUCUUGGGAUACCUGGUGGAGUGCAGGAGGACAGACACGGCAGAUUGGAUCAGAUGCAACGUUCCCAGGAACUUGCAGGACACCGGCUACACCAUACAAAACCUCAUCCACAAGGCUGAGUACCAGUGUCGUAUCACCGCUGUCAACAAGGUCGGCUUUGGUGAACCGGUUGAAGUCCCCGGCAAGCACACGGCGAAGGACAUCAUAGUCCCCCCGGAGGCAGAGCUGAGUGCUCAGCUGAAGGAGGGCCUGGAGCUGCGUGCCGGCUCCACCAUGAAGCUUCACGCUACAAUCAAGGGUCACCCGGCGCCCAAGGUCGUUUGGGCCAAGAUGAACAGCAACCUCAAAGACCGCCAAGGCAUCCUCAUUAAGUCCUCCAAAAGUGACACGACCGUGACGGUGGAGAAUGUCAACAGGUACGAUGCGGGCAAAUACAUUCUCAACCUGGAGAGUGUGGCCGGCAUGAAGAUGUACACCGUCGUCGUCAGGGUCCUGGAUACUCCCGGGCCACCAAUUAACCUGGUGGUGAAGGAGACCACGAAGGACAGCGCCUCUCUCUACUGGGACGCUCCUCUCCUUGACGGCGGCUUUGAAGUCACGCACUAUAUUGUGGAGAAGCGCGAGACCGAGAGGAAGGCCUGGUCGACGGUCUCCAACAAUUGCACCAAGACGUCUUUGAAGGCGUCCGACCUGAGCGCCGGACGCUCCUACUGCUUCAGGGUGUCGGCCGUCAAUCGGCUCGGCGCCGGAGAGUGCUGCGAGACCCCCGACUCUGUCAGAGCGUCUGAGGAGCCCGGUCCUGUCAUGGACUUUAAGACGUUGCUGGUCACCAAGGACUCUUGUACACUCAGCUGGAAGAAACCGCUGACCGACGGCGGCAGCCGCAUUAUCUGCUACGUGCUGGAGGUCGUCAAUGGUGACGGCAAGCCCAAGGCGCUGAUGAGGUCAAAGAACAUGCAGUACAGCGCCAAAGAUCUGCUGGAGGGCAAAGAGUACAAAUACAGCGUCAAAGCUGUGAAUGACAGUGGGGAGGGCGCCGCCAAGGAGCUGACAGUCGUUGCCAAGGACCAGCUCAUUCAUCCCACUUGCGACUUGAGGGAACUUCCCGACAUGUGUUAUGUGGCCAAAGAGGGCAGUACGGUGCGUCUGAAGAUCCCGAUCGUGGGCAAACCCACGCCCAAGGUGUCCUGGAAGAAGGGGCAGGAUGAGGACUUGACGGACACCGGACGUGUUUGCGCAGAAUCCUCCGCGGUCAACACCACUCUCCUGAUCAGGGACUGCCAGAGGAGCGAUGCCUCGAAAUAUACCAUCACCCUGAGGAACAGCGCUGGCAGCAAAGAGUCCGCCAUUUUCAUCAGGGUGGUGGGAAAGCCCGGCAUCCCCGUCGGACCUAUCAAGUUCAAGGACGUGACCGCCGACGGCGCCACGCUGAAGUGGGCGGCGCCGAAAGACGACGGCGGCUCGGAGAUCACAAACUACAUUCUCGAGAAGAGGGACUCCGUCACCAACAUGUGGGUGACCGUUUCCUCCACGGUGGACAAGAACGCCAUGAGGGUCACCGGUCUCCACGAGGGCACGGAAUACAUUUUCAGAGUCUGCGCUGAGAACAAGUACGGCGUCGGCGAGGGGCUCAAGUCGGAGCCCGUGAUCGCAAAACAUCCGUUCAAUGUUCCCGACGCCCCUCCUCCACCUCAGGUCAUAAGUAUGCGCCAUGACUCUGCUUACCUGGCCUGGUCCGACCCCAGGAAGACCGGCGGGUCUCCCAUCACAGGGUAUCACAUCGAGUUCAAGGAGAGGAAUAGUAUGUUGUGGAAGAGGUCAAGCCCGACCGCCUUGAGAAUGAAGGAACACAAAGUAACCGGGCUGACCGAAGGCCUUGAGUACGAGUUCAGGGUCAUGGCAAUUAACUUGGCUGGCAUUGGCAGACCAAGUCCUCCCACUGAUCCACAAGUUGCAUUUGAUCCAAUUGAUGCUCCGGGCAAACCGGAUGUCAUUAGCGUCACCAGAAGCAGCGUGACUCUUCAAUGGGCCGAGCCACAGUUUGACGGUGGCCACAGGCUGACCGGAUACAUCGUGGAGAGACGUGACCUUCCUUCUAAGAUCUGGGUCAAGGCCAACAGCGUGAAUGUUGUGGAGCCCGCAUACACGGUCACCGCUCUCCAGGAGGGCUGCAAAUAUGAGUUCAGAAUCCGAGCAAAGAAUGCAGCCGGCGCCCUUAGUCCACCCUCUGACCAGACCGAUACCGUUAUCUGCGUGGACGAAUAUGCUUCACCAACCAUUACCAUCGAUGCUCAGGUGAUGGAGGCCGGCGUGACCGUCCGAGCCGGCGAAACCAUUGCGGUCACCGCCACGAGUAUUCUUGGCAAGCCUGCUCCGACCUCCUGCUGGUCGAAAGGAGGAAAGUACUUGAAGCCCUCAGACAUAGUUCAUAUCGACACCGCUGCCUCCUCCUCCACUCUGUCAAUAAAAUACGCCACGAGGAAGGACUCCGGGGACUACGUCAUCACAGCAAGCAAUCCCUUUGGCGUGAAGGAGGAAACCGUGAAGGUCAAAGUUCUGGACGUUCCCGCGGCUCCUGGUCCCAUUCAGUGCAGCGGCAUCUCCUCCGAGAAGGUCACGCUGACCUGGGCCGCUUCUCCAGAGGACGGAGGCUCUCCCAUCACGUACUACACGCUCGAGAAGAGGGAGACGAGUCGCCUUCUCUGGACAAUUCUGGAAGAGAAGGUCAUCGACUGUCAUUACGUGGCCACCAAACUCAUCCAGGACAACGAGUAUAUCUUCAGAGUCUCUGCUGUGAACCAGUAUGGCAGCAGUGAGCCGGCUCACUCUCAGCCUGUCAAGAUGGUGGAUAGAUUUGGUCCUCCCGGUCCGCCAUCGAAACCGGAAGUUGACAAAGUUGAUGGGCACUCGGCUCGGGUGACAUGGAGACGACCCACCGAAGACGGCGGAAGUGAGAUCAUCGGUUAUUGUGUCGAGAAGAAGGAGAAGAAGGCCAUGAGGUGGAUCAGGGCCUCCAAGAACUCCAUUUCCGAGCUCAGCUACGUCGUCACCGGACUGACCGAAGGCUUGCAGUAUGAGUUUCGUGUUCUUGCUGAGAACAGAGCUGGCUUUGGAGAACCGAGUGAAGCGUCGAUGCCGGUGACAACAGCCGUCGCUACCUAUGUUCCUGGACCUCCAGUAAAUCCGAGGGUUACAGACACCACCAAGACCACCGCCACUCUUAACUGGGGAAAACCACUGGAUAAUGGCGGGCUCGAUGUCACCGGUUACGUGAUCGAGCACAGAAAGGAAGGAACAGAAGACUGGGUCAAGGACACGCCGUCGUCUGCGCUGAGAAUCACAGAGUUUGUUGUUCCUGGCCUUGAAAACGCCAGCAAAUACCACUUCAGAAUCAGCGCGGUUAAUGCUAAGGGCACGGGUGAUCCUGCUGAAACGGCCGAUCUGGUUGAGGUCGCGGAGCGCGCGGCUGAACCCGAUUUGGAAUUGGACAUGGAGCUCAGGAGGACUCUUGUCGUCAGGGCCGGUUGUUCCAUUCGCCUCUUUGUGCCCAUCAAGGGACGCCCUACGCCGACCGUGACCUGGACCAAGGAGAACGGUCCCGUGCCGCGUGCCGUCAUCGACAGCACCGAGUCGUUUACAAUGCUGAUCGUUCCCGAAAGUGCGAGGAUCGAUGGCGGUAAAUAUGAGCUCACCCUCGAAAACGCUGCUGGAAAGAAGACGGCAAACAUUCACGUGAGAGUUUUGGAUUCCCCCGGGCCGCCUCUCAACCUCAAAGCGGUCCAUAUAGAUCAGGAAUCGAUUGCCCUUCAGUGGGAGACGCCUCUCAUCGACGGCGGCGCCAGGAUCACAAAUUACAUUAUCGAAAAGAGAGAAUCAACUCGCAAGGCUUUUGCCACCGUUGUGACAAACUGUCCCACGACUUCGGUCAAAAUCGGCGAUCUGGGCGAAGGCUGCGAAUACUACUUCAGAGUGUCUGCCGAGAACGAGUUUGGCGUCGGUGAAGCCGUUGAAACUCCCGAUCCUAUUCGGGCCUCCCAGGCACCGAGUCCUCCAGAAAGCCUAAUUCCAACCGACAUCACCAAGAACUCUGUGAGCCUGGCUUGGACCAAACCCAAGCACGAUGGCGGAAGCAGGCUAACGGGAUAUGUCCUCGAAGCCCAGAAGAGAGGAACCGAUCAGUGGGCCCACGUCACGAGCCUCAAGAACAUGGACUUCACGGUGAAGAAUCUCAAUGAGAAUGAAGAAUACACCUUCCGUGUGAUGGCGGUCAACCACUCGGGAAGAAGCGCGCCACGCGAGAGCAAGCCGAUCAUUGUCAAGGAUUCGACCUCCCUGCCGGAGUUUGACCUGCGCGGUGUGUGUCAGUCAACUGUCAUCGCUAAAGCUGGAGACAACAUCAGGGUUGAAAUUCCUGUGAUGGGGCGCCCCCGGCCGGCGGUCACCUGGCAGAAGGACGGAAACUCGUUGAGGCUCACCCAGAGGACCAACGUGGAGACGACCGCCGCGACGGUUGUCCUGGCCAUCGGUGAAUGCACCAGAGCGGACAGCGGAGUGUAUACCGUGACCGCGAGGAACAUUGUCGGUUCUGCGAUCGACAACAUCUUUGUCAAAGUGCACGAUGUUCCGGGCCCACCCAAAGGACCGAUUACGAUGACCGAAAUAUCUCGUAACUAUUGUGUUUUUGCAUGGGAUGCUCCGGAGAACGACGGCGGUGUUCCAAUUACCAAUUACGUGGUUGAGAUCAGAGACACCACCACGCAGACUUGGACGGAGCUGACUUCCGUGGCCAUUCGUACCUCGUUUAAAGCCACGCGCUUAACUACUGGCUCAGAGUACCAGUUCAGAGUGAAGGCCAAGAACCGAUAUGGCGCAGGACCUCCCAUAACCUCGGAGUCAGUCGUGGCUGCCUAUCCGUUCAAAGUUCCCGGACCGCCUGGCACGCCGCAUGUUGUGGCGUUCACCAAGGACUCCAUAACAAUUGGCUGGAAUGAACCCGUUUCCGAUGGUGGAAACGAAGUCAUCGGAUACCACGUGGAGAGAAAAGAGCGAAGCAGCAUCAUGUGGCAAAAAAUCAGCAAGGGUCUUGUGAAAGGAAACGUACUCAAAUCCACCGGGCUUGAAGACGGAGCCGCCUACGAGUUUCGCGUGAUGGCGGAAAACAUGGCUGGAAUUGGCAAGCCCAGCAAAGCCUCCGACGCGAUAAUGGCCUUGGACCCCGUGGAUCCCCCGGGGCAACCCGUGCCUGUUUUUACUGCCAAAAAUGUGAUCACCAUCAAGUGGACAAAGCCCGAGUACGAUGGCGGCUUCAAAAUCACUGGCUACACGGUGGAGAAGAGAGAACUUCCCGCCGGUCGCUGGAUCCGAGCAAACUUCACUAACAUCAUUGAGACAACGUUCACCGUCAGCGGAUUGACUCAAGAUGCGGUGUAUGAGUUCCGUGUCAUGGCCAGAAACUCGGCAGGAGCUGUGAGUGGACCGUCGGAGCCCUCUGACCCCAUCACGUGCACGGAUAGCAUCGUUGAGCCGCGCAUCAUGGUGGACGCCAUCUUUAAGGAUGUGGUUUUGCUGAGGGCGGGAGAGUCCUUCAAGCUGGAAGCUGACAUUUCGGGUCAACCGACCCCAUCCAUGGUUUGGACCAAGGAUGGGAAAGAGGUUGAGAACACACUGAAACUGGACGUGAAGUUCAAUGAAAUGGCAACCACACUGAGCAACAAAGACUCCGUCAGAUCCGAUGGAGGGGAAUUCGUUUUGACUGCCGCAAACGUCGGUGGCAUUUCCAAGCACAUCUUCAGAGUGAAGGUACUGGAUAGACCCGGCCCACCAUUCGGACCUCUGAGGGUGUCAAAUGUCACAGCUGACAAUUGCUUACUAACUUGGGCCCCGCCGCUAGAUGACGGUGGCGGCAAGAUUGAAGGAUACGUCGUUGAGAAGCGGGAGUCAAGCAGACUUGUUUGGACACACGUUGCUUCAGACCUGCAGGCGACAGAGUAUAAAGUGACCAAGCUUCUUCAAGGAAACGAGUACAUCUUCAGAGUUAUGGCCGUGAACAGAUUUGGUUCGGGUGAACCUCUUGAGUCAGAGCCCAUUCUUGCUGAGAAUCCCUACAAGGUUCCCGAUGCGCCUGAGAAUCCCCAGGUCACUGCUGUCACCAAAGAUUCAAUGGUCGUUGUGUGGCAGGCGCCAAAGAGUGAUGGUGGAACACCAAUCACAAACUACAACAUUGAAAGGAAAGACCGGGCAGGCCACCGCUGGGUCAAGUGCAACAAGAGGAAGGUGCAAGAUCUGCAAUUCAAGGCAACAAGUCUGAUUGUUGGCCAUGAAUAUGAAUUUAGGAUCAUUGCGGAGAAUGCCGCCGGUCUCAGUGCACCGAGCCUCUCCAGUCCGUUCUACAAGGCCACCGACACCUUGUACAAACCGGGGCCUCCGUGCAACCCCAGAAUCCUGGACACGACCAAGUCAUCUAUUACCGUGGCCUGGAACAAACCGGCCUAUGAUGGAGGCUCUGACAUCACUGGUUACCUUGUUGAGAAGUGUAUCCCCUCAGACAAGGAGGAGGAGGAGGAGUGGACAAUUGUGACCCCAAAGGAAGGACUCCUCGCCACCUCAUUCACAAUCGUCAAUCUGACCGAGGGUCAGGAGUAUAAAAUCAACAUCUCUGCUGUUAACGGCGAAGGAAUUGGCGAACCCGCAUCCGUACCCGGCAACGCCAAGGCCGAGGACAGACUCCUCCCCCCAGACCUCGAUUUGGACGCAGAACUCUGCAAGGUGGUCACCCUCCGAGCUCGCUGCACACUUAGACUGUUUGUUCCUAUCAGAGGCAGGCCCGCUCCCCAGGCUAAGUGGACCAAAGAGGAUGGCGAACCCGUCGAGAGAGCCACAAUUGACACCACCACGUCGUACACGUCCCUCGUCAUUGGAAAUGUCAACAGAUUUGACACUGGAAAGUAUAACCUGACGGUGGAGAACAGCUCUGGCUCGAAGACAGUCACAGUCCAAGUCAGGGUUCUCGACACGCCCGGUGCUCCGCAGAAUCUAAAGAUUGACGGUGUGACAAAUCGGUCGGUCACUCUAACUUGGGACCCGCCGGCAAACGACGGGGGGGCUAAGGUGAAGAACUACAUCGUUGAAAAGCGCGAGUCCACAAGGAAGGCUUACGCCACAGUCAGCACCAUGUGCCAUCACACCACCUUUACUGUCGAGCAGCUCCUGGAAGGAUGCAACUAUUACUUCAGAGUUUUGGCAGAGAACGAAUACGGCAUUGGCCUGCCUAUUGAGACCGGCGAGUCAGUUAAAGUCUCCGAGAAACCCCAGCCUCCGGGCAAAAUCAGUCUGAAGGACGUUACGAAGAAUAGUGUCACACUCUCGUGGGAAAAGCCGGAGCAUGACGGCGGAAGCAGAAUCGGCUGUUACGUUGUGGAGGUCCAACCUAAGGGUGUGGAGAAGUGGACACAGGCUGUGAUCGUGAAAGAAACGGAAGCCUCCGUUGGUGGCCUCAAUGCCGGUGAAGAAUACAUGUUCCGCGUCGCGGCGAGAAACGACAAGGGAACAAGUGACCCUCGACAAAUAGGCGUGCCUGUCAUUGUGAAGGACCUUGUCAUUUCACCCGCUGUCAAAAUGUUGUUCAGCACAUUCAGCGUGUUGGCAGGUGAAGAUCUGACAGUCGAGGUUCCUUACGUCGCCCGUCCCAAAGCAGCUGUCUCCUGGCUCAAAGACGGACAGCCACUCAAGAGAACGACCAGAGUAAACUUUGGUGCGACGGACGCGAUGUUAAACCUAAGCAUAAAAGAGGCUUCCAAAGAUGACUUUGGACAUUAUCACGUUACCGUUGGCAACGCAGCGGGCGAGUCGACGGCAGACAUCAACGUCGUCGUGCUGGACAAGCCUGGCCAGCCAGGUGGUCCAGUUCAAGUCGAAGAGGUCACGUCUGACAGCGUGACCAUUUCCUGGAGCCCACCGGCGUAUGACGGCGGGUGCACAAUCAAAAACUACAUUGUGGAAAAGAGAGACACGUCCACAACUCACUGGAUGAUGGUGUCGCCAAAACUGGCAAGGACCAAAGUCAAAGCAGGCCGAUUGAAGACUGGCUCAGAAUACCAAUUUAGGAUCGCAGCAGAGAACAGAUACGGCAAGGGCCCGGUUCUUCAGUCGGAGACCAUUGUGAUUCAGUAUCCAUUCAAGCUUCCAGGACCACCAGGAACACCCUCCAUUGCAAUGUGCACAAAGGACAGCAUGGUGGUGGCAUGGAAUGAACCUGUCAACGACGGAGGCAGUGCUAUCUUGGGCUACCAUCUGGAGCGCAAGGAGAGAACCAGCAUCCUCUGGGUCAAACUGAACAAAUCACUCAUUAGGGACCAAACCUUCAAGACCACGGGCCUCGAACCAGGAAUGGAGUAUGAGUACAGAGUUUAUGCCGAAAACAUUGUGGGCAUCGGCAAAGUCAGCAAGGUGUCAGAAGGUCACGUCGCCAGAGAUCCUUGCGACCCUCCAGGUACACCUGAGGCAACCCGGAUUACGAGGGAUUCGGUUGACAUCGCUUGGACAAAGCCAGAGUAUGACGGUGGUGCCAAGAUCACAGGCUACACAGUGGAGAAGAAGGAGCUUCCCGAAGGCCGCUGGUUGAAGGCUAACUUCACUAAUAUCCUAGAGACAGAAUAUGUCGCAACUGGACUCGUGCAGGAUCAACAGUAUGAGUUCCGCGUUAUUGCCAGGAAUGCCGCCGGUGUUUUCAGUCUCCCCUCUUAUAGCACCGGCCCCAUCACAGCCAGGGAUGAGAUUGAGCCCCCUCGUAUCAGCAUUGACCCAGAGUACACGCAGGCCGUUGUGGUGAAAGCCGGAGACAAUUUUAGGAUUGACGCAAAUGUCCACGGCAAACCUUUGCCCUCCAUCACCUGGCUGAAAGGAGAGCAGGAAAUGGGAAACACAAUCCACAGAGAGAUUAAGAACACAGCAACCUAUGCCUGCGUCGCUAUCAAGGAAGCGAAACUUUCCGACGGCGGCGCCUAUACUCUGCUGCUGAGAAAUCCAGGAGGAGAAAAGGCUGUACAGGUGAAUGUGGUCGUUUUGGAUAAACCCGGCGAACCGCAAGGGCCACUGACUGUCACAGAUAUCACAAAAGACCAAUGCUGUCUUUCAUGGAAAGCCCCGAUACAAGACGGAGGUAGCAAAAUAUCCCACUACAGCGUGGAGAGGAGAGAAACCAGCAGACUCAUCUGGACUAUUGUGGAUCCAAAAGUACUGAACACCUGCCACAAGGUCACAAAGCUUCUGGAAGGAAAUGAGUACAUCUUCAGAGUGCAUGCUAUCAAUGAAUUUGGUAGUAGUGCGCCGCUUGUAUCUGAGCCAGUCAUUAUCAAAGAUCCUUACACAGCCCCUGGAUCGCCCAAAGGCUUAGAGAUUGCAGAUGUGAAAAAGGAUUCGAUGGUGCUCACAUGGGAGGCUCCCAAUGAGGAUGGAGGCAGUCCCAUCACCACAUACGUCAUUGAAAAGCAUGACAAAGAAGGUGUCCGGUGGAUUCGGUGCAACAGGCAAGCCGUGUUAGAUUUGACUUUCAAGGUCACGGGGCUCCUGGAAAGCCACAGUUACGAAUUUAGGGUUGCAGCAGAGAAUUCUGUGGGUGUCGGCGAGCCGACUUCACCGACGGUAUACUACAAAGCCCUUGAUCCUGUCUUCAGGCCCGGCCCGCCACAGAACCCCAGAGUUAUCGACACAACCAAAUCUUCAGUGUUUCUGUCAUGGAGCAAGCCUCUCUUUGACGGUGGCUCAGAGAUCCAGGGAUACAUCGUGGAGUGCUGCGCCUCCACGGGGCAAGUCGCAGCCGCCGAGGCGCAGAUUGACGCUCCGGCUGCAGAGGUGCCUGGCCCAGAUGCGCCUGCAGAGGAUUGGCUGACGUGCACGCCGCCAACAGGUGUCAGAAAGACCAAGUUUGAGGUUUUAAACCUGAAAGAAAAUCAAGCUUACAAAUUUAGAGUGUGCGCUAGCAACAAGGUUGGGAUUGGCGAACAUGCCGAUGUCGCCGGAGCAGUUGUUACCCAGGACAGAGCGGAUGAACCGGACCUUGACAUCGACCCGGAACUGAGAAAGAUUGUGACAAUUAAGGCCGGACUUUCACUGAGACUCUUUAUUCCAAUCAAGGGAAGACCCACCCCAAGCAUUAAGUGGGACAAAGACGAUGCUCCACUUCAGGAGAAGGCUCAAGUUGAAGUGACCAGCAGUUAUACGGCCCUCGUGAUCGACCAGAUGAACAGAGCCGAUAGUGGGAAAUACACAAUCACUGCCGAGAAUUCGAGUGGAACCAAAUCUGCAUUUGUCGUCGUUCGGGUUCUGGACACACCGAGCGCGCCUGGAAAGCUGACCGUGAAAGAAAUUACAAGCCAGUCCGUGACCCUCGCUUGGGAAGUACCUCUUUUGGACGGUGGAUCCAAAAUCAAAAACUACAUUGUGGAAAAGAGAGAGAGCACCCGCAAAACGUAUGCUGCCGUGGUAACAAAUUGCCAUGCUCUGUCGUGGAAGAUUGAGCCACUGCAGGAGGGUUGCAGUUAUUACUUCAGAGUUCUUGCCGAGAAUGCGUAUGGUAUUGGGCUGCCCGCCGUGACCGUUGACCCCCUCAAGGUCUCGGAGGUGCCGCAGGCUCCCAGGAGCUUGACUGUUACAGAUCAAACAAAUACAAGCAUCUCUCUGGCCUGGGAAAGUCCAGAAUAUGACGGCGGAAGCAGAGUCAUCCAGUACUUGCUUGAGGUACAGCUUAAGGGCCAAGAGAAGUGGUCUGGGGUUAACACAUACAAAACAAUGGAGGCGACCGUUUGCAAUCUCAACCCAGGGGAGGAAUACUUGUUCCGAGUUUUCGCACUAAACGACAAGGGCAAAAGUGACCCCAGAGUCCUCUCUGGCCACGUCAUUGCAAAGAACUUGACGUUUGAGCCCGAUGUUCGGCCUACUUUUAGCAGCUACAGCGUCCAUGUCGGUAAAGAUCUAAAAAUUGAAGUGCCGAUCUUUGGACGCCCCAAACCAGCACUGGCUUGGACGAAAGAUGGAGCACCUUUGAAGUUCACCACCAGAGUGAACACCCACAGCACUCAGACUCAUGCAAGUCUGAGCAUUAAGGAGGCAGCAGGUGACGACGGAGGCAUGUACUGCGUCAGUGCCGCUAACUCCGCUGGAAAGAAAGAAGCCACCAUUGAGGUCAUAGUACUUGACAAGCCUGGCGCCCCGUCUGGCCCAGUGAGAUUUGAUGAAAUUACAACGAGUAGCGUGACCAUUUCAUGGGAUCCACCAAAACACAAUGGCGGUUGUCAGAUUUCAAACUACAUUGUGCAAAAAAGAGAGACCGUAACGACAACAUGGGAAAAUGUCAAUAAUAACUGUGCCAGAACCACAAUCAAAGUGCCCAGGUUGAAGACUGGAGCCGAGUACCAGUUCAGGAUCAUUGCUCAAAACCGGUACGGGAAGAGUCAUGGCCUCGAUUCGUCUCCUGUCGUUGCUCAGUACCCAUACAGAGAACCUGGCCCGCCGGGCACGCCAUUCAUCUCCUCUCUCUCAAGAGAUCACCAGAUGGUGGAGUGGCACGAGCCCAUCUCGGACGGGGGCAGUCCGGUCCUCGGCUACCAUCUCGAAAGAAAGGAGAGGAAUAGUAUUUUGUGGGUCAAGAUUAACAAGACGCUCAUUCAUGAGACGAGUUACAAGAGCCACCCCUUAGAGGAAGCCACCGAGUAUGAAUACAGGGUGUCCGCUGAAAAUAUCGUGGGCAUCGGACGGUGGAGUAAGGUUUCAGAGGGUUGCGUGGCCAGAGACCCGUGCGAUCCUCCCGGUACACCGGAAGCUAUCCACGUGACCAAAGAUGCCAUUACUAUCCAGUGGACUAAACCGGAAUAUGAUGGUGGCAGUCACAUCACCGGCUACCUUGUGGAAAGGCGUGACUUGCCAGAAGGCCGUUGGGUCAAGGCAAACUUCACCAAUGUGAUUGAGACCCAGUUCACGGCCACUGGCCUCACGGAAAAUUCCAAAUAUGACUUCAGAGUCGUGGCCAAAAAUGCCGUCGGCACUGUCAGCAAGCCAUCGUUCAACAGCGGGCCAAUCGCUGCGAGCGACAGCAUUGAGGCUCCUCAGUUCUCCGUUGACCCUGCAUUCACGAAGACCGUCGUCAUCAAUGCUGGGGAGACGUUCAAACUGGACGCAGAUGUUCGUGGGAAACCACCGCCGGCAAUGCAGUGGUUCAAGGAUGACGCUCCACUCGAAAAUACGCUCAGGCUUGACUUAAGAAAUACAGAAACUCAUGCGCUCGUUGUCAUUAAGGACUGUACGAGAGCCGACAGUGGAAUGUACGCACUCCAGCUAAGCAACGAGGCAGGCACGGAAACUGUGCCUUUCAAAGUGUUGGUCUUGGACAAACCGAGCCCCUGCGAGGGACCCCUUCACGUAGCUGGCGUAGCCGAGGAUAGAUGCUCGUUAGUGUGGCGCGCUCCUUUACACGACGGGGGGAAUCCCAUCACGCAUUACGUCAUUGAAAGAAGAGAGACCGGCCGUCUGGCUUGGACUGUUGUUUCUUCCAGCUGCACCACCACAUGCUACAAAGUCACCAACUUGUUGGAAGGUAACGAGUACACGUUCCGUGUUAUGGCGGUCAACAAUUAUGGCGCGAGCAGCCCCUUGGAGUCUGGUGCGGUCAUCAUGAAGACACCGUUUGUUGUUCCUGGUCCACCUCACAUUGAGGACGUAACCGACAUUACCCAUGACGGCAUGACUGUCGCUUGGACUGCCCCGGAGUCUGACGGUGACAGUGCAAUUACUAAUUACGUUGUUGAAAAGAAGGAUAGAGCGGGAAUUAAGUGGACCAGAUGCAACAGACAGAAAGUCACCGACCUUUCCUUCAGAGUGACAGGCCUAACCACCGGCCAUGAGUACGAGUUCAGAGUGGCUGCUGAGAAUGUCGUCGGCUUGGGAGAGCCCAGUCUACCGAGCUCGUACUGUAAGGCUUGCGAUCCUAAAUACAAACCCGGGUGCCCUGCAUACGUCAACGUCGUCGACUCCACACGGAGCUCAAUCACGGUGUCGUGGGGCAAGCCAUUGUCUGACGGUGGCAGCGCCAUUCUGGGAUAUAUUGUUGAAGUCUGCAAGGCUGAGCAAGAAGAAUGGACCAUGGUUACUCCCCCCACCGGCUUGCGUGUUAACAAAUAUGAGAUCCCCAAGCUGACAGAGAGUCAGGAAUAUAAGAUCCAGGUGUGCGCUCUGAACAAACUUGGAGUUGGUGAGCCAGCCGUUCUUGCAGGAACCGCGAAACCAGAGGAACGGCAUGAGCCACCGCAGAUCCACUUGGAUUCCGAGCUGAGGAAGGGAAUAUCCGUGAAGGCCGGGGGAUCGGUUCGGAUCCACGUCCCAUUCAAGGGCAGACCAACGCCCGAGAUUAAGUGGCUUAAGGAUGAGACAAACCUAACCGAAAAGGCGUUGGUGGAAAAGGGUCUUGUCUUCACGCAGCUGUCCAUUGACUCUUGUGACAGAUGCGAUUCAGGAAAAUACACUCUGACCCUGACCAACAGCAGUGGGUCCGUGUCAGAGUUUGUUACUGUUAAAGUCCUUGAUACGCCUGGACCCCCGCAAAACCUUGUAGUGAAAGACAUCAAGAAGGACUCGAUCACUCUCGGUUGGGAUGCACCUCUAAUCGAUGGAGGUUCUAAAAUUAAGAACUACGUCAUUGACAAGCGUGAAUCGACCCGGAAGGCCUAUGCAAAUGUCUCGACCAAAUGUACGACGACAACAUUCAAGGUUGGGAACUUGAUCGAGGGUGCCCUGUAUUACUUCAGAGUCAUGGCUGAGAAUGAAUACGGUGUCGGCCAGGCAAAUGAAACCAAGACGGCUUCAAAGGCGUCCGAGGUACCGCUCCCCGUCGGGAACGUCUCCCUGGUCGACGUCACCAAAGCCAGCGUGUCACUGGCCUGGGAAAAACCUGAGCAUGACGGAGGUAGCAGGAUUGCCGGCUACCUCAUUGAGAUGCAGGCCAAGGGGACAGAUAAGUGGGGUGUUGCUGCAAACACAAAGACAUGCGAGGGCACUGUCGCAGGCCUCACGAGCGGUAUGGAAUAUCUGCUCCGUGUUAUUGCCUACAACGAGAAGGGAAAGAGUGAGCCAAAGGCACUUGUGGCACCCGUUGUUGCCAGCGACAUGACCUUGGAUCCAAGCAUUCAAAUGCAGUUCGACACUUACAGCGUGCUAGCAGGAAAAGAGCUGACCUUGGCAUUUCCUGUGCUUGGCAGGCCCAAACCUAGAGUCACCUGGACAAAGGAUGGUCAGGUUCUGAAGGUGACCUCCAGAGUCAACAUCGUGAACACUCUUACAACGACCGGUAUUCAGAUCACUGAAGCGUGCAAGGAGGAUUUUGGAAAGUACUCCAUUACGGCAAGCAACGCGGUGGGCACGUUCAUUGCUCACGUGGACAUAAUUAUUCUUGAUAAGCCAGGUCCACCGAGUGGUCCACUGAAAGUUGUUGAGGUGAGUAACACCUUUGUCCACCUCUCAUGGGAGCCCCCAGAGUACAAGGGUGGAUGCCAGGUGAAGCAUUAUAUCAUAGAAAAGCGAGAGACCACUGGCAAUACGUGGCAGCCGGUCACCACACAGCUAGCUAGGACAGCUUUCAAAGUGACCAAGUUGAAAACGGGUGCAGAAUACCAGUUCAGGGUCAUGGCUGAAAACCGAUACGGAAAAGGCCCCCCUCUGGACUCCAAGGCGAUUGUUAUACAGUACCCAUAUAAACCACCAGGCCCCCCCGGGACACCGCACGUCAAAUCUGCAACCAAGGAGAUGAUGCUCAUCGAAUGGAACGAGCCCGUCAUCGACGGGGGAAGUGCUGUGAUCGGAUACCACGUAGAGAGCAAAGAGAGGACCAGUAUCCUGUGGAACAAACUGAACAAGACGCUCAUCGCCGACACUCAGUUCAAGAUCUGUAAUCUGGAAGAAGGAAUUGGAUACGAGUUCCGAGUUUAUGCUGAAAAUAUCGUGGGCGUCGGCAGAUGCAGUAAAGCCUCAGAGUCCUUUGUCGCUCGUGAUCCAUGUGACCCGCCUGGUGCUCCAGAGGCUGUCGCUAUUUCUAAAACCUUCAUAAAGAUCAGGUGGACAAAGCCUCAGUAUGAUGGCGGCAGCAAAGUCAAUGGCUACAUUGUCGAAAAGAGAGACCUCGCCUCCCCUGACGGGCGUUGGGUCAGAGAAAACUUUACAAACAUCAUGGAGACCGAGUAUGACAUCAGCGGUCUGACAGAAAACGAGCAAUAUGAAUUCCGGGUUAUUGCCAGAAAUGCAGCCGGCGUCUUCAGCCAGCCCUCUGACAGCUCUGGACCUAUAACCGCGACCGAUGAAAUUGAGCCACCGAGGGCCUCGAUGGACCCCAAGUACAAGGAUGUUAUUGUUGUCAAUGCUGGAGAGCAUUUAACUCUUGAGGCCGACAUCCACGGAAAACCAAUUCCUGAUGUGGUCUGGCUCAAGGAAGGCAAGGAAAUGGACAGAGCUCUGCGCAUCGAAGUGAAAAACACGACCAAAUGUGCUGCCAUGACUAUUAAGGACGUGACCAAAUUGGACAGUGGGCACUAUGAACUUGUGCUCAAAAACCCGGGUGGCACAAAAAUCUUCCCCAUCACAGUCAAAGUCCUUGACAAACCAGGAAAACCCACAGGACCCUUGAAGGUGACAGGAAUCAUGGCUGACAGAUGUACCCUCGCCUGGUCUGAGCCAUCCCUGGAUGGUGGUGCUAACAUCACUCGCUAUAUCCUGGAGAAGCGAGAGACCAGCAGUCUAUCCUGGACAGUGGCUGCCGCCAAUAUUCAGGGUCUCUAUUACAAGCUUACAAACCUUCUCGCAGGGAACGAAUACAUUUUGAGAGUCAAGGCUGUUAACAAGUAUGGCGUUGGUGAUAGUCUUGAGAGCGAGCCCAUCGUCGCACGCAAUCCCUACAAACCGCCUAGCGCUCCGGGAACACCAGAGGCAAGUCGGAUCACAAAAGAUUCCAUAGUUCUGUCGUGGUCGGCUCCAGAACAGACCGGUGGGGCAGACAUAGCAGGCUAUCACCUGGAGAAACGUGACAAGGACAGUGUCCGGUGGACGAAGUGCAACAGGCAAAAACUGACAGACACUCACUUCAAAGUGACGGGACUGAUGGCUGAUCGCUUUUAUGAGUUCCGCGUUGCAGCUGAGAACGAGGCUGGAGUUGGAGACCUCAGUGAACUGUCCCUACUUUACAGAGCUUGCGAUGCCACAAAACCCCCAGGGCCCCCACACCAUCCCAAGGUGACGGACUACACAAAGUCCUCCGUCUCACUUUCCUGGGGCAAGCCUGACUUUGAUGGCGGUGCCUAUAUCAAGGGCUACAUAGUGGAAAUGCGAGAGCACACACCAGUUCCAGAAUCAAAAGAGGAAGUAGAAUUUGCCCCGGCAGUGGACACACCGGUCGAAAAAGAGUGGGCCGUAUGCACGCCGCCCUCCGGCAUUCAGGCUACUAAACUGACUGUCACGGACCUAAAAGAAUCUGAAGAAUAUCAGUUCCGUGUCUGCGCCAUAAACUCAGAGGGAGUGGGCGAGGCCGCUUACGUCCACGGCACGGUGGUUGCUGUGGACAGGCUCGAAGCACCGGAGAUUGAACUUGAUGCUGAUCUCAGAAAGGUGGUGUCUGUACGUGCUGGUGGUACAUUGCGUCUGUUUGUCACCAUCAGAGGAAGGCCAGAGCCGUCUGUAAAAUGGGAAAAAAUUGACGGUACUCUCACAGGUCGGGCCGUAAUUGACACCACCAGCUCAUACACCAUGGUUGUGAUUGACAACGUGAACCGGUGGGACAGUGGCAAAUACUCGCUCACCUUGGAGAACAGCAGUGGCUCAAAGUCUGCCGUUGUCUCCGUCAGAAUUUUGGACACUCCAAGCGCACCGCAGAACUUGACAGUGAAGGAUCUCAAAAAGGAUUCGGUGAGGCUUGCCUGGGAGACGCCACUCACCGACGGUGGGUCUAAAAUCACCAACUACAUCGUUGAGAAGAGGGAGUCUGUGCGUAAGGCCUACACGACUGUCACCAGCAACUGCACAGCCAACACAUUCCUGAUCAAAGAGUUGCCAGAGGGUGGCAUUUUCUACUUCAGGGUUUGUGCCGUGAAUGAGUACGGCCAAGGAGUGAUGGUCGAAACCAAAGAAAUCAAAGUGUCUGAGGUGCCCCUGCCGCCAAGCAAUUUAACCGUGGUUGAUGUGACGAAAAGCAGCGUUUCACUCUCAUGGGACAAACCCGCACACGAUGGUGGCAGUAAGGUCAUCUGCUACAACGUGGAAUUCAAGCCCAAGACCGGUGAAAAAUGGGGCACGGCCAGCACAGUCAAGGUGAGAGAGGCAACCGUUCCUAACCUGACUCCCAACGAAACCUAUCUGUUCAGAGUUGUGGCAAUCAACGAGAAGGGAAAGAGUGAGCCGAAGGAGCUCGGUUUGCCCGUGGUCGCAAAGGAUGUGGCGAUUGAGCCAUCGGUCAACUUGUUAUUCACAACAUACAGCGUCAAGGCCGGAGAUGACCUGGCCAUCGAGGUUCCAUUGAGAGGCAGGCCGAAGCCUGUCGUCUCAUGGAAGAGGGACGGUCUUCCUGUGAAGCAAACCCCUUCGGUUACAAUCUUAAACACGGCGACCUCAUCCAAGAUUCUCAUUAAACAGGCCGCCAGGGAGCAUGUCGGAAAGUAUGAGAUCACCCUGGCCAACACUGCCGGAACGGUCACCUCGCAACUCGGCGUAGUUGUCCUGGAUAAGCCGAGUCCGCCGACGAGCAUUCGGGUGGAGGCCGUGACCUCUGACGCCAUCACGCUUUCCUGGUCUCCACCGGAUUACGAUGGCGGCUGCUCCAUCAGCAACUAUAUCGUCGAGAAGAGAGACACCACCACGCAAGAGUGGCAAAUGGCGGCAAGCAGCGUGGCCAGAACCGCUUACAAGGCCGGCCGCCUGACGCACGGGGCGGAAUACCAAUUCCGCAUCUAUGCAGUCAACCGCUACGGAAAGAGCGCGCAUUUGGAUUCUCCCGCGAUUACAGCGCAAUACAACUUUAAGCAACCCGGACCCCCGUCCACACCAGCAGUUAAGAUUGCCACCAAGUCUUAUAUGGUGGUGACCUGGAACGAGCCUGUCAAUGACGGGGGAAGUUCCGUUCUUGGCUAUCACCUCGAGCGGAAGGAGCGCGCCAGCAUUCUCUGGACCAAGUUGAACCGAGGAAUGAUCAAGGAUACCGAAUACAAAGUCAGCGGAAUAGACGACGGUGUGCUGUAUGAAUAUCGCGUCUACGCUGAAAAUGUCGCUGGCAUCGGUAAAUGCAGUAAGCCCUCCGAAGCCGUCGCGGCGAGAGAUCCGUGCGAUCCUCCGGGAACCCCCGUUGUCACCGCUGUGAGCCGAACAUCCGUGUCCUUGUCGUGGGACAAACCAGAGUAUGACGGAGGCGCCAAGGUUUCCGGGUACAUCGUUGAACAUCGGGAUCUUCCAGAAGGUCGCUGGACAAGGUGCAAUUUCACCAAUGUGCCUGAGACUCACUACCAGGUGACGGGCCUGACAGAGGACAGCCAAUAUGACUUCCGCGUGAUCGCCAAGAACGCGGUGGGAUUGUUCAGCGAACCCUCCGAAAACACUGGGCCCGUCACAGUCAAGGACGAUGUGGAGCUGCCGCGGAUUAUGAUGGAUGUCAAAUACAGAGAAACAGUAUUUGUGAAAGCAGGAGAAACUUUGAAAAUUCAUGCCGACAUCGGAGGCCGCCCUGCGCCCGUCGUUGCCUGGAGCAAAGACGGCAGCGAGAUUGUGCUCAGAGCCAGAAUCCAGGUCAUUUCCACGGAUACCAGUACCUCGGUGAUUGUGAAAGACUGUAUCAGAAGAGAUUCGGGCCAAUACUUACUCACGCUACAGAACAUUGCUGGGACAGUUAGCAUGCCAAUCAAUUGCGUGAUCCUGGAUAAAUCAGGCCCCCCGGCGGGACCUCUCCAGAUCACAGGUCUCACGGCUGAGGAAUGCACUCUGUCAUGGGGUCCGCCUCAGGAGCCAGGUGGUGCUGAGAUCACACACUAUGUUGUUGAGAAGCGCGAGACUAGCCGCUUGGCCUGGACACUAGUGAAGGACAACGUCACCAAAACCUACUUUACCGUCAGAGGACUGCUGAAGGGCAAUGAAUACACCUUCCGGGUUUUGGCCAUGAACAAGCAUGGAAGCGGUGAGGCUUUGGAGAGUGAGCCUGUCAAGGUCACCGACCCGUACACUUUUGCCACAGCUCCCCUCAACGUUGACGUCACCGACAUCACUGGAGACUCAAUGACCCUCACGUGGUGCAAACCGAUGAGUGACGGAGGGAGUCCCAUCACCGGCUACGUGAUUGAGCGCCGGGAGAAGACCGGCAUGCACUGGAUCCGUGUCAAUCGAGACGCAGUCGCCGAAUGUACGACGGUAGCGACCAAACUGCGUCAGGGGUGCGAGUAUGACUUCAGGGUCUAUGCUGAAAAUGCCGCUGGGCUGAGCCCUCCGAGUGAAACCUCCGCUUCGUUCAGAGCGGUCGAUCCUCUGGCCGUUCCCGUUUCUCCGUCCAAGCCCAAGAUUGUGAAUUCAACCAAGGACAGUGUGUCCAUUGCUUGGAAACCACCUAGUGAUAACGGAGGCGCUCCCGUUCUUGGAUAUAGUGUAGAAUACAGGUCCCACGUUCGCAAACCAGUACCGGCGGUGGCGGAAGAUGACGGGGAAUAUGAAGAAGGGGAAAAGGAGGAACCAGAGUCACCAGAAGAACUGCAGAGAUGGGUUGAAGCCAUUUCGCUUACCAAAAGCUUGGAGUUCACAGUCAGCGGACUCAAAUCUGAGACGGAAUAUGAAUUCUGUGUCCAAGCCAUAAAUAAAGUGGGCAGAAGUCCCCGCAGCCGCUGUUCUGAUGUGGCUUUGGCGGUGGAAAGAACUGCAGAGCCGGCGUUCAAUGUGGACAUCGAGAUGCGCAAAGUCCUUGUGGUUCAGCGCGGCGCAGCCUUUACCCUCAACGUUCCAUUCAAAGGUAAACCCCUUCCCUCGGUGCAGUGGGCCAAGGAGGGCACAGACCUGAAGGUCAGAGGAACAAUCGAUUCAACAAACUCCAGCACUUCACUGACAAUCGAAAAGUCGACAAGAAAUGACUCGGGGGAAUAUUGUGUCAGUAUUGAAUCCCCGUUAGGAAAAGCAACAUUACCCUUAGUUGUCAAGGUGCUUGACUCUCCCGGACCCCCGGUCAAUGUCAAAGUUUCGGCAGUAACCAGGGACUCCGCAACCCUCGCUUGGGAAGCUCCUGAGAACGAUGGCGGCGAUGCAGUGAAGGCCUACCACGUUGAAAAGCGCGAGGCCAGUAAAAAGUCCUGGGUCUCUGUCACAACCAACUGCCACGCUUUGACGUACAAAGCGGAAGAUCUGCUGGAAGGAGCCGUCUAUUACUUUAGAGUCAUCGGAGAGAACGAACAUGGACUGGGAGUACCGCAGGAGGCGAAAGCUGGCACAAAAAUAACAGAGGUGCCAAGCGUCCCCGCGAAACUCGGAGUCGCAAACGUCACAAAAGACAGCGUGACAAUUGCCUGGACACGUCCCGAGUAUGACGGUGGCAGUCGAGUGAAGGGUUACCUCAUCGAUGCUCUGGAGAAGGGCAUGACCAAAUGGGUCAAGUGCGCCACAGUGAGGACCACGAGCCACACGAUAAAAAGCCUGAGAGAAGGCGCCGAGUACUUCUUCAGAGUGCGAGCUGAGAACCACGCUGGACUAAGCGAACCAAAAGAGAUGAUUGUGCCGGUUAUCGUCAAGGAAGUUCACGAAGCUCCUGAGUUUGAUUUGAAGAACUACCCCAAGAAUACGGUUUACGUCAGAGCUGGAUCCGACCUGACCUUUGACCUACCACUGACUGGCAAGCCGAUGCCUAAAGUGACUCUGUCCAAGAACAAUGUUGUCAUCAAGGGAUCCAAAAGACUACUGACCGAAGUCACCCCCGACAGCUUAACGAUCACCCUGAAUGAAAGCGUGGCCAGUGACGCAGGAAAAUACGAAGUAACCGCCUCCAACCCCGGCGGUGCCACCAAGAUCUACAUGAACUUCAUUGUACUGGAUAGACCCGGACCCCCUGUUGGACCUGUGGAGAUCGGGGAGGUUGGAGAAACUACAGUGCACUUGAAAUGGGCUGCGCCAGCGUAUGAUGGUGGCAGUCCCGUGACCAAUUAUGUCCUCCUGAAACGGGAAACGAGCACUCCUGCCUGGACAGAGGUGUCGACUAACAUUGCGAGAAGCGAAAUCAAGGCGACGAAGCUGACCAAAGGGGAGGAAUAUCAGUUCAGAAUUAAGGCUCAGAACCGCUACGGUGUCAGCGACCACAUUGACAGCAAGCCAGUUACGAUCAAGCUUCCAUUCACCUUCCCCGGACCUCCGUCCACCCCUUGGGUUAGUUUUGUGUGUAGAGAUAACGUGACCGUCUGCUGGAACGAACCGGUCAGCGACGGCGGCAAUCCCGUGACCGGAUACCACCUUCAGAUGAAGGAACGGAGCAGCAUCCUCUGGCAAAAGAUCAAUAAAACAGCAAUACCGGGAAACCAGUUCCGGGUCACCAACAUCUGCCCGGGUCUCAUCUACGAGUUUAAGGUGGCAGCUGAAAAUGCCGCCGGCAUCGGAAAGAUGAGCAAGACGUCCGAAGAGGUGCUGGCUAUUGACGCAUGUGAGCCUCCCGCAAACGUCCACGUCACCGAAGUCACAAAGAACUCAGUCAGCCUCUCCUGGCAGAGGCCACCGUACGACGGUGGCAGUAAGAUCACCGGCUACAGUGUGGAAAGGAGGGAAGCAGCCAGUGGCAGAUGGGUGAAGGCCAACUUCACCAAUAUCCUGGAGAUGGCCUUCACGGUGUCUGGGCUGAACCAGGACGAGUCUUACGAGUUCAGGGUGUUUGCAAAGAAUGCCGUCGGCUCUGUCAGUAACCCUUCCCUAAUUGCCGGCCCGGUCACUUGUAUCGAUGCACACGGUGCUCCAGCCAUUGACCUUCCUCCAGAGUAUCUGGAUGUGGUUCAGUACAAAGCCGGAACUUCCGUGAAAAUCAGAGUGGGAAUCAUCGCCAAACCUCAGCCAAGGAUUGAGUGGCUCAAAAAUGGAAAGGAGCUUGUCGCUUCUUCUUCCUUGUGUGUGGAAAACACAACCGAUUCGGCGGCCAUCCUGAUCAAGGAUGCGACCCGCCGACACACCGGCUCGUAUGAGAUCAAGAUAAAAAACAGCUUGGGCUCAGCGACCGCCUCGAUUGCGGUCGAAAUCCUCGACAAACCCGGACCCCCAGCCGGCAACAUCAACUUUAACCUGAUUACAGCCGACAGAAUCACCUUCCGCUGGGAGCCUGUCUGUGAGGCCGACCAGGGCGGUUCCAAAGUGACGCACUACAUCGUCGAGAGGCGCGAAACCAGCAGAGUGGUCUGGUCGACAGUCUCGGAGCGGCACGAGCAGACGUACAUCUCCGUUGGCAAACUGGUGCGAGGAAAUGAAUACGUGUUCCGGGUCAUGGCCGUGAACAAGUACGGCGUGGGAGAGCCGCUGGAGUCGGAGGCUGUCGUUGCCAAGAAUGCUUUUGUCACUCCGGGACAGCCGCAUACGCCUGAGGUGAACAUCAUCGCUAAAACCACGAUGGUGGUGGAAUGGGAAAGCCCAGGUGUGGACGGGGGGAGCGCGGUUACCGGCUACUACUUGGAGAGGCGCGACAAAAAGAGUUUGCGCUGGAUCCGAGUUUACAAAGACCCCAUUCGUGACAACAAACAGACCGUCUACCAUCUGACGGAAGGAAAUGAUUACCAGUAUCGUGUCUGUGCCAUCAACCAAGCUGGAGAAGGGCCCUUCUCUGAUGUGUCCGACUUCUAUCAGGCCGCAGAUCCUGUCGAUGCUCCAGACGAGCCCUGCAAGCUGAAGGUGAUGGAUUCUACAAAGACCUCGAUCACAUUGGGCUGGUCCAAGCCAGAGUGCAACGGAGGCAGCGAGGUGACCAGCUACAUGGUGGAGAAACUUGUGGAGGGAGAGGAAGAUUGGGCCAUGGUUACCUCAAAGGGAGAGGUCAAGAUGACCGAAUAUACUGUACAUGACUUAAAGCCGGACGUUAACUACUUCUUCCGAGUUUCUGCCGUCAACUGCGCUGGCCGCGGGGAACCUCUGGAGAUGACCGAGCCCGUACAGGCCAAAGAUAUCCUGGAGGAGGCCCAGAUUGACUCCGACGUCGCCAUGAGAACUCACUACAUUGUGAAGGCCGGCAAGGAUGUGGAGCUGUCUGUUCCUUUGAAGGGUCGACCGUCUCCCGACGCUUCCUGGAGCAAAGGAGACGUAUGCAUUGACAACGAUCCCUCUUACGAAUUCCACCACUCCGACACGACCGCGGUCCUUGUGAUGCGUGAGGUCACCAAGCUGGACACUGGAAAAUAUACAGUCAAGAUUGAGAACGGCGUAGGAGAGCCCAAGACGCUAACCUUGUCCGUGAAGGUCCAGGACUCUCCAGCUCAGUGCAGGAACCUGACACUGAAAGACGUAGCCCGUGGAAAAGUCACUCUUUGCUGGGAGGCACCGCUCCUCGAUGGCGGCGCUGAAAUCACCAACUACAUCGUUGAGAAGAAGGACUCUUCCAAGAGAUCAUACUCUGCAGUCACGAGCAAAUGCACCGACACCACUUACACCAUUGAAGAUCUCUCUGAAAAGAGCUCCUUCUAUUUCCGUGUACUCGCGGAGAAUGAGAACGGUGUCGGUGAACCGUGCGAAACGCUUGAACCGGUGAAGGCUACGGAGACUCCCGGACCGGUCAAAGACGUUUCUAUGAAGGAUUCCUCAAAGACGUCAGUCACGCUGCAGUGGGCCAAGCCCGAUUACGAUGGCGGCAGCAUCAUCUCCGACUACAUCGUCGAAAAGAAAGUCGCGGGUGAGGACUGGGCCCUGGGAGGAAUGAGCCGACUCUGCGAGUUUGAGGUCAAACAACUGAAGGAGCACUCCGAGGUGCUCUUCAGAGUGGCUGCUCGAAAUGAGAAGGGGCAGGGUGACUUUGUGAAAAUCGGGCCAAUCAAGGUCAUUGACUAUGUCAUAACACCGGAAGCGAGCCUUGCCGACUACCCCGAUGGAAGAAUCUGCGUUCGCUUGGGUCACAAUGUCCAUAUUGAGCUGCCAUACAGAGGUAAACCCAAACCGUCGGUCUCGUGGCUGAAGGACAACCUUCCUCUGAAGGAAAGCAACCAAGUCCGCUUCAAGAAGACAGACAACAAAGCCACGCUCAUGAUAAAGAACGUGAAGAAAGAGAACGAGGGGAAAUUCACACUUACUCUCGACAACCAAAUCAACCGAAAGUCCUUCCACAUCCACGUCAUUACCCUCGGACCCCCGUCGAAGCCCCUCGGACCCAUCCGCCUGGAUGAAGUGAGAGCGGAAAGCGUCGUGAUCUCCUGGGAUGAGCCCAACGAUGACGGCGGUGGAGACAUCGACUGCUAUACUGUCGAGAAGCGCGACGCCUCUCAGCCCGACUGGAAGAUGGCGUGUUCCAGGGUGGAGGGAACUCAGUUCAAAGUGCCCAACCUGGUCAAGGGUGUCCAAUAUCAGUUCAGAGUGUGUGCUGAGAACAGGUAUGGAGUCAGUGAACCCCUGGUCUCACAGAUGGUCAUUGCCAAGCACCAGUUCAGACCCCCGGGCCCACCAGGCCGGCCCGUUGUGUAUAACGUCACCAAUGACGGCAUGACAAUCCAGUGGGAGAAGCCUAUUUAUGACGGCGGCACCCCCAUCCAGGGCUUCCAUGUGGAGAAGAGGGAAAAAAACAGCGUCAUGUGGCAGAAGGUGAACGCGGUGCUCAUCAGAGAAACCGACUACAGGGUCCCGGGUCUCAUUGAAGGCCUCGAGUACUCGUUCAGAGUGUACGCGCAGAAUGAUGCCGGCUGCAGCCGAACGAGCGAUGAGAGCAAGCCCAUCAUGGCCGUCAGCCCCGUCGAUCCUCCGGGCCAGCCUGACUACACUGACGUGACCGGUGACUCCAUCACGCUGAAGUGGGAUGCGCCCAAACGCGACGGCGGUAGCAAGAUUAGCGGCUACAACAUUGAGAAACGUCAGGGCCAGGGUCGUUGGUUCAAGGCCAACCUGACUGAUGUGCAGGACUGCCAGCACACUGUGACGGGCUUGACGACGAAUGAGCGCUACGAGUUCAGGGUGAUUGCCAGAAAUGCCAUCGGAGUCGUCAGUCCCCCGUCCAACUCGUCCGGUUUGAUUGUCGUCCGAAGCGAGAACGCCGCCCCUCACAUUGAAUUUGGCCCGGAGUAUUUUGAGGGUUUGACUGUCAAAGCGGGUGACAACAUCAGAGUGAAGGUGGCCAUCGCCGGACGGCCCGUGCCCAAGGUGGUCUGGUACAGAGAUGGUGUGGAAAUCACCAAAAAGAUGAUGGAUAUUGUCACCGUUUCCGGAUACAGCACUCUUUUCAUCAGAGACGCCGACCGUACUCACCGCGGUCUCUACACCGUUGAAGCCAUCAAUGGAUCGGGCAGCAAAAAGGAGGACCUCCUGGUUCAAGUACAAGACACCCCCGGGGAACCGCUAGGACCCAUCGUGUUCAGCAACAUCUCGGAGGGCAGAUGCACUCUGUCCUGGAAUCCGCCGGAGAACGACGGCUGCUCAGAAAUUUCACAUUACAUCAUCGAGAAGCGCGAAACAUCCAAGAUCUCUUGGGCGUUAGUGUCCGAUGACUGUCGCGAGUGCACGUUCGCCGCCACCAAACUCAUGAAGAUCAAUGAGUACCAGUUCAGGGUUUCGGCUGUGAACAAGUUUGGUGCGGGCAGGCCGUUGGAAUCCUGCCCCGUUAUUGCACAGCUGCAAUACACCGCCCCCGAUUCUCCAGGCACUCCUGAUGCCACCGAGGUCACAGCGGAAAGCAUAACUUUGGCCUGGACUCCUCCAACAUCUGAUGGCGGGAGCCCCAUUCUUCACUACAUUCUGGAAAAACGAGAGAAGAAGACCGUCCGUUUCUACCGGGUGCUUUCAAAGAAGCCCAUCGCCGAAUGUGCUCACACGGUUUCUCAUCUCACCGAGGACGUGGAAUACGAGUUCCGGGUCAAUGCCGUGAAUGACGCCGGUAUCGGCUCUCCGAGCAAUAUCUCCCUGCCCAUUAAGGCUGCCGGGCCAAAGGAUAUCCCCUGUGCUCCAUCUGUGGUCUGCGUGUAUGAUUCCACAAAUACCUCGAUCAGUCUGGAAUGGAGCAAACCUGCAGACGACGGAGGUUCUGAUAUCCUGGGCUACAUUGUUGAGAUGGCCAAGGGCGAUGAACCUGACUGGAGCAGAGUAAACGGAGAGCUCGUGACACAAACGCAGUACGCGGUGACCGGUCUAGACACUGGGGUUGAGUACAAGUUCCGAGUGGCCGCUGUAAAUCAAGUCGGGAGAGGUGAGGACAUGGCCACUUUAGAACCGGCUCGGGCCAUCGACAGACUCGCACCGCCGCAGGUGGACAUUGAUGCCGCCUUCAAGCAAACGCAUAUUGUCAAGGCUGGAGGCUCAGUGAAACUAGGCGUCCAAUUCAGGGGGAAGCCUGUCCCGGUCGCCACCUGGCUGAAAGAAGAAGGAGCGCUGGGUGUGAUGUCAGAGGUCACCACUGCGGAGGGCAGCAGUACUCUACAUCUUGAAAACUGCUCUCGAAGUGAUUCAGGCAAAUACACUGUCAAUCUGGAGAACAGCAGCGGUAGCAAGGCCGUUACUUUCACCGUGAGAGUCAUGGACACUCCGGGAGCUCCUCAGGCGUUAGCCUUCCAAGAGGUGUCCAGAGGCUCAGUCACACUUGCGUGGCAGCCUCCACUCAACGAUGGCGGAGCGCGAAUCCACCACUACGUUGUCGAGAGGCGUGAGGCGACCCGUCGCACGUGGCAGCAGUCCGGGGGCAAAUGCACUCAGAAUGUCAUGAAAAUCCAGGACCUCCUGGAGGGAGUGCCAUACUUCUUCAGGGUCUCCGCGGAGAACCAGCACGGUGUCGGUGAGCCGCUGGAGAUGACAGAGCCCGUCAUCGCCACAGCUGAGCCAGCGCCGCCAAAGAGACUGGACAUUGUGGACACCACAGACAGCUCGGUGUCCCUAAGCUGGCUGAAGCCGGAGCACGACGGCGGCAGCCGUGUCCAGUGUUACGUCAUCGAGACUAGGCUGAAGGGGACGGAUAAGUGGUUCGUGGUUGGCACCGCCAAGAACCUCUCCUACGUGGUCGAAAAGCUCAACAAGGGAGAUGAGUAUCACUUCCGCGUGAAAGCUAGGAAUGAGUCUGGCCUCAGCAGACCCAGGGAAACUCCAGCUCCAGUGUUGGUCAGAGAGCCACACAUCGAACCUGCUGCUGAUCUCAGCGAGAUCAGCAAUCAGCUGAUCACGUGCAGAUCUGGCAGCGUCUUCACAAUUGACGUUCCCAUUAGUGGGAGGCCCGCUCCCACGGUAGCCUGGAGGCUGGAGGAGAUGAGGUUGAAGAACUCGGAGCGAGUUUCCGUUAAAGUGACGAAAGACAGAACGAGCAUAUCCGUCAAGGACGCCAUGAGGGGCGAUGGUGGAAAAUACUACCUGACCCUGGAGAACGUCGCCGGAACCAAGACCUUUACGAUUGACGUGAAUGUUACGGGUCGGCCCAAUCCUCCACUGGGGCCUGUUGAGAUCUCAAAUAUCACCUCCCAAUCCUGUGUCGUCAACUGGGAUGCACCGGAGGACGAUGGCGGCACCGACAUUACCAACUACAUUGUGGAGAAGCGCGAAUCCGGUUCCAGCGCCUGGCAGCUGAUCAACUCCAGUGUGAAGCGCACGUCUCUCCAUGUCAGUCACCUGACCAAGUACAUGCAGUACACCUUCAGGGUCUCCGCCGAGAACAGAUUUGGCGUCAGCAAGCCGACCGAGUCGGAGACCAUCGUUGCGGAGCAUCCUUACACACCUCCCGGACCCCCAACAAGGCCAUCCGUCUUGAACAUCUCUGCCAACACGAUGACCUUGAAGUGGGAGGAGCCCUAUCACGACGGCGGCAGCGAGGUGACAGGUUACUGGAUUGAGAAGAAAGAGCGAAACAAUAUUCUUUGGGUGAGGGAAAACAAGAUCCCAUGCUUUGAGUGCUUUUAUAAGGCGGAAGACCUCGUUGAAGGCCUCGAGUACCAGUUCCGAGUUUAUGCGAUGAACAGUGCCGGUCUGAGCAAGGCCAGCGAAGCCUCCAAAGGAGCAGUCGCCCAAAACCCCGUCGACGCGCCAAGCAAGCCAGAAGUGACAAAUGUAACCAGGACCACAGUGUCGCUCAAAUGGCUGCCGCCGCUGAAUGACGGUGGCAGUCCAAUCGUCGGAUACGUCAUUGAGCGUAAACCAUUCACCUUGACCGGCGAGGGCCGCUGGCUGAAGUGUAACUACACGAACGUGACUGACACUUUCUACACCGUUACCGCCCUGGGAGAAGGAGAACCCUACGAGUUCAGAGUCAUUGCCAAGAAUGCCAACCAGGUCUUUAGCGCCCCAUCAGAUUCCACCGGUUCCGUGCAGUGCAAGACUGACUUUGAACCUCCAAAGGCUCAGCUGGAUGGCAAACUCCUGUCUGAAGUUGUUAUGGUGAGAGCGGGGUCAGACCUGGUUCUGGACGCUGCGGUGGGUGGCAGGCCUGACCCCAAAGCUUCCUGGUCCAAGGGCAGCAGGGAACUGGAGUUAUGCGAGAAGUACCACUUGCGAUACACAGCCAGCCGGGCGACGGCCAUCAUCAAGUUCUGUGACAGAGAUGACACCGGCAAGUAUAUUCUCACCGUCAGGAACGUGAGUGGAACAAAGACUGCCGAAGUCAACGUCAAAGUCCUCGACACCCCAGGGGCGUGCGAAGGCGGCAUCCAGAUCAGCAAGGUCACAGAGGAGUCGUGCACGCUGAGCUGGAAGCCACCUUUGGAGGACGGCGGUGACGAGGUGUCCCACUACCUCGUCGAGAGGAGGGACACCAACAGACUGAACUGGGUUUUCAUGCAUGCCGAGUGCAAGGAGCUGACCUGUGGCAUCACCGGACUUGUCAAGAACACAGAAUACUUGUUCCGAGUCCGGGGAAUCAACAAGUACGGCCCCGGAGUCCCGCUUCUCUCCGAGCCCAUGGUCGCCAGAAACACUUUCACUGUGCCAACUCCACCGAGUGCACCGGAGAUCCUGGUGUCCGGAAAGGACUUUGCGACCAUUGAGUGGCUGAAGCCUGAGAGCGAUGGCGGCAGUCCGUUGGUCCACUAUCUGGUUGAGAGGCGUGAGAAGAAGAGCGCCCGCUGGGUGAAGGUGAACAGAAGCGGAGCUCAUCUCGACACGACACUGAAAGUGUCGGGUUUGACCGAAGGCAACGUCUACCAGUUCAGGGUCACUGCCGUCAACAAGGCUGGAGAGAGUGAGCCCAGUGAGGUUUCUCUCUAUGUUGUCUGCAGAGAGCCGACAUGCACCCCGUCUGCCCCCUCUGUACCUCGUAUCACUGACACCCAUGCUGACAGCAUCAGCUUGGCCUGGUCCCGCCCCGUGGAGGACGGAGGAGCUGAUGUGCUGGCCUACAUUUUGGAAAUGCAGGAAGCUGGGACAGAGGAGUGGACAAAGGCCCACGAGAAGACGCUGCGGACUUCGGAACACACGGCGACCGGACUUUGCUCGGGGAAGAAGUAUAGCUUCCGAGUGGCCGGCCUCAACAUCAACGGCACCGGAGACUUCAGCGAGCCCUGUGCCGAAACAGAGCCAGUGGAGAGAAUCGAAACUCCUGACUUGGAGCUCCACGAUGAUCUGAAGAAGACCAUCUGCCUGCGUGCCGGCGGUUCUCUGCGUCUCUUUGUCAAUGUUAGCGGCCGUCCCGCUCCGACAAUCAUUUGGAGCAAGCCGGGCGUCGACCUUAACAGCCGAGGCUUCGUCGAGGUCACCCACAACUCAACCACGCUCAUCAUUGACAAGGUCCACCGAUACGAUGCUGGAAAAUACACGCUGGUGGCCGAGAACUCUGCCGGGAAACGAGAAGUCGAUAUUCUGGUCAAAGUCUACGACACGCCGGGACCGACAGGACCGAUCAAGAUCAAGGAACUGACCAAAGAAUACGCCACCAUCUCCUGGGAUGCCCCGACUGUCGACGGCGGAGCCCCUGUCAAUAAUUACAUUCUUGAGAGGCGCGAGGCCUCCAUGAGAGCCUACAAAACCGUCACUUCCAAGUGCAGCAAGACAUCCUUCAAGAUUGAGGGCCUGAUGGAGGGCAUGCUGUAUUACUUCCGCGUCCUGCCUGAAAACAUUUACGGUGUCGGUGAGCCUCGCGAGACAUCGGACGUCGUCCUGGUUUGCGAGGUGCCUCACCCGCCGCGCAAAUUGGAGGUGGUCGAUGUCACCAAAAGCGCCGUUUCGUUGGGCUGGGAGAAACCCGAGCACGACGGAGGUAGCAGACUGACCGGUUACGUGGUUGAGGCCUGCAAAUUUGGCACCGACAAGUGGAUGAAGGUGGCCUCGCUCAAGCUAACCGACUUUGAGCACACCAUUGAGAAGCUGAAUGAAGGGGAGCAGUACUUGUUCAGAAUCAAAGCCAUCAACAGUCGAGGUGCCGGUGAAGCAAAGGAGCUGGUCGCACCGGUGACCGUCAAAGAACAAAGAGUGAUGCCCGCAGCGGAUUUCACAAGCCUUCCGCAGAAAGCCGUUCACCUUCUGGCCGGUAAAACCCUGGAGCUGGACCUGCCGAUCGUCGGCAGGCCUCCCCCGUCUUGCUUCUGGUUCUUUGGCGAAAGUAGGAUCAAAAUCACAGACCGUGUCAAGAUCCGGAGCACCGGCAACUUUUCCAAACUAACCAUUGCCGACACGACCAUUGACGAUACUGGAAACUACACCUUGGAGUUGAAGAACGCUGUUGGUGUUACCGCCGAGGUCAUCAAGGUUGUCAUUCUCUCCAAACCCGACGAACCAGAAGGACCAAUCCGAUUUGAUGAGAUUGACGCCACCACAGUCACCUGUAGCUGGGAUCCUCCUGCCAGGGACGGCGGAGCUCCGGUCAGUGGCUACGCGGUGGAGCAACGAGAUGCCCACAGACCAGGCUGGGUGCCGGUUUCGGACUCUGUCAGUCGACCCACCUUCAAAUUUGAGAACCUGACUGAGGGAGAAGAGUACGUCUUCCGUGCGGCUGCUGUGAAUCACUACGGCACCGGAGAAUUCUUACAGUCUGAGAUUGUCACCUGUCGGAGCCUGACAAAUGUGUCUGGAUCUCCCGGCCGACCGACUAUUUUUGAUGUUUCACGCGACGGCAUGACUGUUGCCUGGAACCCGCCAGAAGAGGACGGCGGGCUGGAGGUUUCCGGCUACAUCAUCGAGCGCAAAGAAGUCCGGGCUGACAGAUGGGUGCGUGCCAACAAGAAUCCCGUCACCAUGAACAGAUACCGCUCGACGGAGCUCAUCGAAGGCCUGGAGUACGAACACAGAAUCAUCGCUAUCAACGCACGCGGAUUAAGCAAACCAAGUUUGCCUUCGAAACCAGCUGUGGCGUCAGAUCCCAUCGAUCCGCCCGGUUGCCCGCAGAACCCUCGGAUCACGGAAACCACCAAGUCGUCCGUCUCACUGGCUUGGAGUCCCCCCGAUGAUGAGGGAGACGCGAGAGUGGACGGGUACCUCAUUGAGAUGCAGAAAGUGGGCACCAUGGCUUGGCUCAAAUGCAACACCACCCCAUCUCUGAUCUGCGAGUACACACUGACCAACAUGCCACAAGGAGAGGAGUUCAAAUUCCGAGUACUGGCCUGCAACGCGGGAGGUUCCGGCGAGCCGGCCGAAGUUCCUGGAACUAUCGCCGUCACAGAGAUGUUUGAAUCUCCCGAUUGUGAACUCGAGCUGAAAUACAAAGACGUGUACGUGGUUCGUCACGGCGGGGUGGUCCGGCUCUCUCUUCCCAUCAAGGGGAAACCUCCCCCCACCUGCUCGUGGUCAAAGGACAGCGGGCCACUGUCACUCAAGGCCAUGGUUGCUUUCACCGGAGACACCAGUGAACUGGUGAUCAAAGGAGCCGAGAGGAGCGACUCCGGUGUAUAUGAGCUGUGCUUGGAAAAUAAAGUUGGCAGGAAGAAGGCCCAAAUCAAGGUCAAUGUCAUUGGCCGUCCGAGUGCUCCAGAAGGACCGUUAACGUUUGAGGAAAUCCAGGCCAACUCUGUGAAGGUGUCCUGGAAAGUGCCCGCCGACGACGGCGGUGCCGCGAUACUCGGUUACAUUGUUGAAAGAAGAGAGGUCACCAGAAAUGCGUGGUACACGGUGGACAGCAGGGUGACUGAUAACCAGCUGCUUGUCAAGGGCCUAAACGAAGGAACAGAAUAUCACUUUAAGGUUACCGCUGAGAACUCUUUUGGUAUCGGUCCAUCGCUGAAGUCGGAGCAGCCGCUGGUGCCCAAGACUCCGCUUUGCCCACCGCAGCCUUCCGGUACCCCGCCGGAGAUCGUGGAUGUCACCAAGAGCUCCGUGGCACUGACAUGGUCCAGACCAAAGGAUGACGGAGGGUCUUCCGUCACCGGUUACUUCAUCGAGUACAAGGAGGCGUCUGCGGAGCAAUGGUCUCGUCACCCCGCCAGGAUUCCCUCCACCACGUUUACCCUGUCUGGCCUCACGGCAAAUGCGGACUAUCACUUCCGUAUUUUUGCGGUCAAUGACAUCGGCGAGAGUGAGGCCGGACCCGUGUCAGAUACAGUCACGUGCAAAGAUCCAUUCGACAAGCCAAGCCAGCCGGGUGAAAUUGAUACAACAACUGUGACGAACAACUUGAUCACCAUUCGCUGGCAAGCUCCAGAGUGUGAUGGUGGAAAAGAGGUCCUGGGCUAUUGGGUGGAAUACAGGAAGUCCACUGAAAGCACCUGGAAGAAAUGCCACAGGGAGAGGCUGAAAGAACAGGAGUUCACCAUGCGUGGCCUGGCUGAAGCUACUGAAUAUGAGUUCAGAGUACUUGCCGAGAAUGAGACCGGAAUAAGCAGGCCUCGACGGACAGCCACUUGCAUUAAGACUAAACUGAGUGUUGAAACAAAACCAAGUCUGAGAAAGGAAAUGGAUGAAGUCACGGAGAAGCUUGGACAGCCCGCUGUCAUGAAGUGCCAGAUCAUCGGCAGGCCUGUUCCAGAGAUCCGGUGGUACCACGCGGGAAAGGAGAUCGUCGAGUCCCGCAAAUACGAGAUGAGCUCCGAUGGCCGUAACCACUCCCUUUCCGUCAUGACCGACCAACAAGAAGACGAGGGAGAAUACACCUGUAAGGCUACCAACGAUGCCGGAGAAGCAGAAACCACAGGAGUUCUCGUCCUGGAAGCCGCUCCCUCCUUCCACUCCGACUACCCGUUGAAGAGCACCUACUACGCCGGUCUGGGAACAACCCUGCGCAUCCACGCUGUGUACAUUGGCCGUCCUGCACCAAAGAUUAUGUGGCUCCAGGAGGCGAAGACCUUGGAGAACUCGGAGGACGUCAGUAUCGAGACCACGGAGCAUUAUACCCACCUCAUCAUCAAGAACGUGCAGCGCAGAAUCCACGGAGGAAAAUACAGGAUCCGACUGCACAACCACUUUGGCAGGGCCGACACCGCCUUUAAUGUUGAAAUCUACGACAAACCUGACGCCCCCCAGGGUCCCAUCGUUCUGGAGGCGCUCCUGAAGAACUCUGUCAUCAUCAGCUGGAAGCCUCCCGGCGACGACGGCGGAUGCCUGAUUACCAACUACAUCGUGGAGAAGCGCGAGGACAAGGAAGGAAGCGAGUGGGAACUGGUGUCAUCAUCCAUUAAUGGCACAACCUGUCGCGUGCCCAACCUGACCGACAGCGUUGGAUACUUUUUCCGCGUAUACGCCCAGAAUCGCAAUGGCAACAGCGAGCCGCUUGAACUCAUCGCGCCGAUCCUCAUUAAGAGCCAAUUGGAGAAACCAUCACCGCCUCAGGCAAUAGUUGUUUCUGGAAUCACCAAAGACUCCUGCGUGGUUUCCUGGAAGCCUCCCCUCAGUGACGGCGGCUCCAAAAUCAAGAGCUAUUGCCUUGAGAAGAAGCAAAAGAGGACCAAGAAAGAAUGGGGCGAAUGGACGCCGGUGACCGCAGAUGAGAUCAAACAGACGGUCUUUUCCGUCAAAUGCUUGUCAGAGGGCAUCGAACAUGUAUUUCGGGUGAAGUGCGAGAACCUCGGAGGACAAAGUGACUACAGUGAGGAGAGUGCUCCCAUUGUCCCCGCCGUAGCGGUUGACGUUCGAGCGCCUGCGUUCAGGGAGGAGCUGAGGAAUAUAAGCGUCAAACACAAGAGCAACGCUACGCUCGUCUGCAAGAUCACAGGUCAGCCCAAACCCGUCAUCAAGUGGUUCCGACGAGGAAAGGAGAUCCAUUCGGAUGGAAAGAAGAUCAAGAUUCAAGAAUUCAAGGGAGGUUACCACCAACUGGUCAUCGCCGAGGCUGACGAGGAAGACUCGACUGUGUACCAGAUCAGGGCAACCAACCAAGGAGGUUCCAUCUGUGCUACCAUCUCUCUGGAUGUUGAAAUUCCUGCAAAGAUCCACCUUCCCAAGAACCUCAAGGACAAAGAAGCAAUUCCUGCCCUGCGUGGAGAAAUGGUCAAUAUUAAGAUACCUUUCGGUGGCAAGCCAGAUCCUGUCAUCACAUGGCAGAAGGGACAAGAUCUUAUCGACAGCAAUGGCCACUACCAAGUCAUCGUCACGCGAUCCUUCACUUCUUUGGUGUUCCCCAACGGGGUGGAGAAGAGGGACGCUGGAUUCUACAUUGUCUGCGCUAAAAACAGAUUUGGGAUUGAUCAGCAGACGGUCGAGCUGGACGUGGCGGAUGUCCCUGAUCCCCCGCGCGGCAUUAAAGCCAGCGAUGUCUCUCGAGACUGCGUCACACUUAAUUGGGUUGCCCCAGCAAACGAUGGCGGCAGCAGGGUGAUCAGUUACACGAUUGAAAAGUGCCCCACCACAGCCGAGAUGUGGGAGCGCGUCGCUCAAUCUCGUGACACCCGCUACACUGUUAUCAAUCUCUUCGGGGGAACGAGCUAUCAGUUCAGAGUCAUCGCCGAGAACAAAUUUGGACAGAGUGCCCCGUCCGAGAGCAGCGGACCCGUCAUGACGAAGGAGGACAAAUCCAGAGUUCUUCUCUAUGACAGGGAGGUUGACGAGACAGGGCACGUUCCCAGAAGCAAAGCCCAACACUCUGAUGCGAAGAAUCUGCAUCACAGAUUUGCUAUUGCAGAAGAAUUGGGAAGAGGUCAGUUUGGUAUCGUCCACCGCUGUGUGAGCAUCAGCUCUGAGAAGACCUACAUGGCUAAAUUUGUCAAAGUCAGGGGUGCGGAUCAGGCGAUUGUGAAGAAAGAGAUAGCGACACUGAACCUGGCCAAGCACGCCAACUUCCUCCUUCUCCACGAGUCAUUCGAUAGCCCAGAGGAGCUGGUCCUGAUCUACGACUUCAUCUCAGGCGGCGACAUCUUUGAGCGUCUCAACGCAGCAGAGUUUGAGCUCAAUGAGCGAGAGAUCGCCAAUUACAUUCGGCAGAUCUGCUCCGCCCUCGAGUUUCUGCACAGUCAGAGCUACGGGCAUUUUGACAUCAGACCCGAGAACGUCGUGUACGCGACAAGAACCAGCUCCGUUGUAAAAAUCAUCGAGUUGGGCCAGUGCAGACACCUGACGCCGGGAGAGCAAAUCAAGGUCCAGUACACCACUGUGGAGUACGCCGCCCCUGAGAUCCACCAGUGUGACAUGGUGAGCACCGUGACCGACAUGUGGUCAGUCGGCGUCCUGUCCUACGUACUCCUCAGUGGACUCAAUCCAUUCGUGGCCGAAACCAACCAGCAGAUGAUUGACAACAUUUCAAACGCAGCCUACAGCUACGAUGACGAAUCCUUCAAGCGGGUCAGCGUUGAAGCGUUGGACUUCACAGACCGCUUAAUGACGAAGGAACGCAAGCACCGCAUGACCGCUGCCGAGGCGCUGCUGCAUCCGUGGUUGUCCGCGCCUGCGGAACAUUUGAGUACCGGAACCAUCCAGAGCACCAGACACAAGAGAUACUACCAGACAAUGGCGAGGAAAGAAUGGAAUACCGCCGUGUCUGCGGCUCGCGUGGCCAGCGGCGGCUCGAUUAGGUCCCAGCGAGGCGUGUUCAUCGCCAAGGUGAAGAUCGCUCCGUUUGAACACGGACCGGUCGGAGGCCAGGUCGGACACUUGGUGGCCAGCGAGGGUGACAGUGCCAAGUUCAUCUGCAACAUUGACAACUAUGACAGCACCACUGAGGUCACUUGGUAUUGCGGCGUCAGGCAACUGGAAGCUAGCGACAGGUACAAAAUCGAUUAUGACGACGGCCUGGCGGCGAUCACGAUCGCCAAGGUGACGAGAGCGGACGACGGCACGUACAGAUGCAAAGUCGUCAAUGAAUACGGCGAGGACAGCGUCUACGCGGAGCUCUUCGUCAACGGCGUCAGGUCAUACCGUGACUUCUUCACCGCUCGCGUGGUCAAGAGGACCAAGCGUCGAAUCGACACGGCCAGAAUGCUUCAGAAGCCGCCGGAGUUCACCCUUCCGCUGGUUAACCACACGGCAUACGUUGGCGAGGACGUGCGCUUUGGCGUGACCAUCACCGUUCACCCCGAGCCCCGCGUCACGUGGCACAAAUCUGGACAAAAGCUGCUCCCCGGAGAGGAUGACAAAAAGUACACCUUCAUCAGUGACACAGGCCUGUACCAGCUCGUUAUCCACAGCGUCGACGAUGACGACGAUGCAGAGUACAGCGUCGUAGCCCGCAACCGGUACGGCGACGACACCUGCAAGGCUCGUCUUACCGUGGUUCCUCGGCCGAAACCGGCAGACCUCACCAUCAGGCCCAUGUUCAAGCGCCUUCUUGCCAAUGUCGAGUGCAGAGAGGGCCAGAACGUUCGCUUUGAAAUCAGGGUGUCGGGACACCCGGCGCUCAAGUGGGAAAAGGAUGGCACGCCCAUCGCCUUCGGGCCAUCUAUCGAACUCGUGCACGAGGGCUUGGAUUAUUUCAUUCUUCACGUGAGAGACACGCUGCCUGAAGACUCCGGUGUAUACCGAGUGACCGCAACCAACUCUGCUGGAUCCGCCAGUUGCCAGGCAACGCUAAAAGUCGAACGCGUCGCCCACGUCAAGAAAGUUUACGAGAGCAGCCAGAAGGAGCGGGCGAGUUUGACUCAGAAGGAGGAAUUGGACAAAAAAGUGAGGCUGCAUCAGAUUUUGUCAGACACCGUCGUCUUACCGUUACCUCCUGCGGCAGUGCAGGCUGUCAGGGAAGCGGCGACCGUGUUCAAACCCGCCGUGCCCACUAAAAAGGGCGAGAAGUCGGAGGCCGAAAAACAGAAAGAGAAAGAGGAGCGGAAGAAACGGGCCGAUGAGAAAAGACUACGCAUGCCGUACGAUGUACCCGCGCCACGGGUCGUGAACCAGGCUGUGCUCGAAGAGGACGUGGAAAUCAAACACUUCAAGCCACUGUCGGAUAUGAAGUGGUACAAGAAGCUCAGGGAUCAGUAUGAAUUCCCGGAGCCCUUGGAGAAAAUUAGGCAGAAGCGGAUGAAGCGUAUUCGUCUCUCCAGGUGGGAGGAGUUCUACGAGGUGCCGAUCAGGAUCAAGGACCAGUACAAGCCAAGGUGGCGCAUCCCAUCCGUGACUCGGGACGAUUUGGAGACGGUGAGGCCGUCGAGGCGCCGCGUGGCUUCCCCGGAGGUGGAUGUCUACCACAGGAUCAGGAGAAGGUCCCUGGGCGACCUGUCGGACGAGGAGCUGCUACUGCCGGUGAAGGAGUAUCUGUCCAUGAAGACCACCGAGGAGGAGAGGCUUCGCCUGGAGGGAGAGCUGGAACUCGGGUACUCGGCUUCCCCGCCCAGCCUCAGCCCCGUCCGCUUUGAGCUGUCGGCGCUGCGCCCUUCGCCGCCCGUAAGAGCAUAUAGUGAUGAGGAGGAGGCCCGAGCCUCGCCGAGGUACGACUCUUACCGAAUUCCGUCCAAAUACGAAGCCGGCCCCAGCUUUGUCGAGCUGCGGCAGCGCCAUGACAAAGCCACGUACAGACCUCCCAGAGAGAAGCAAAGAGUCUACGAGGAGAGGGAGGAUCAGGAGUUGCUCCGACCUCACGCAACCGCUCAGAGACUCUCCUCCUACAAGAGUCAACUCCAGCGCAUGGAAUUUGAGGAGAAGACUCGAAGUUUGAGGCAGGAAACGGCCGUCACUGUCACAAGAGCUUCGGAGAGCAUCGAAUCGGAGCACCUGACGUUUUUGGCUUCCGAAUAUGUCCCGAAACCCAUGAAGAAGCUCUCCGAACCGGAGAUGAAAGCUGCUCCCUCAGAAAAGGUGGUUAAAAAAGACAGCGCUUUGCCCAGAGUCGAUUUUCUCUCCAGGUACGAGGAGAGAAAGCAGACUCUCAGGUCAGAGCGGAGGUCUGUGGAGAGAACGUCGGAUUCUCCUUUCAGUCUCGACCACGUACCGCACAUUAGCAUCCGCUUGCGAUCUCAUCGCGUCGCCUCGGGCUCCGACGCCAGCUUCACCCUCAAUGUCCGGGCCAGACCUGAGCCCGGAGUCAAGUGGUUCCACAACGGAAAGGAGAUCAAGCCCAGCGACAAACACCGCAUGAGCCAUACGAGUGGACUUCUGACUCUCCAGAUCAACAACUGUGUGACUGAAGACGCAGGAACGUACUCUGUGGUCUGCAGGAACAUCAAAGGAGAGACUUCAGACAGUGCCACAUUGGACGUAGCGACAGGAUAUGCUGCCUACUCUUCCACCCGCCGGGAUGAGGAGCCGCCAUCCUCCCAUCUUACGGACGCGGCCGAAACGGAGGCGUACCGCAUCUCGGCGGCGGCGGCCGAGGAAACGGUGGCCCAAACGGUGACAAAGAGCGUCAGUGUUGUCGAAAGGGAAAAAGCCGAGCCCGCGGUCCCUCCGAAGAUCCUGAGCAAACCUCAGUCUCUGAGCGUCGAGGAGGGAGGUCUUGCCAGAUUUGUCUGCGACGCGGACGGCGACCCGUCGCCUUCCAUAUUGUGGCUUCAUGAGGGAGCGGCUCUGAGUUCCUCCGGCUAUCGCCGCAUUGUCUCGACGCCGUACGGCUCCUCUUUGGAGAUUUCUUCUGUUCAGGUGUCCGAUGAGGGAAACUAUGCCGUGAUCGUGGAAAAUAGCGGCGGCAAAGAAGCAGCCCAUUUCACACUGACCAUUCGCAAGACUGAGUCCAAGCAAAAAGUCGGGGUCUCUCCUCGAGUCGCCUCUCCUGAAGCCAGGUCCCCCGAGCCUGUCAAAUCCCCACAGAGGAUGCGGUCUCCCGAGCCGCUCAAGUCCCCUCUGAGGGUCAAGUCGCCGGUCUCGCCAAAGUCCCCCACCGCCAAAUCCCCGCCCCCGUCCGUCAGUCAAAUCAAAUGGUGAUCGCCGCAGUGCGAGAGAGCGACGGCGGAGCGUCUGUGCUGCGACUCUUCAACCAACUCGGCUCCACCUCCGCGACUGUCAACGUUCGGGUCCGAUCGAUGUAAGAAAAAAAAAAAAAAUUCCAUUACAACGUGUCGGUGUAUUAACCCCACCCCCGCCCCAAUUCCCCUCAUUGGUAAUUGUUUGUUUCAUGAAUAAGCAACAAGAAUUGACACAGGUUCAUCUUCUUGUAAAUAAGAACUUUUUUUUUGUACCUAACUUGACGUUCAUUCUUUGGUAAACUCAAGUAUCUCCAGUUGUUUUCCAAUGUGAUGACACUUGUGCAGUGACAUGUACAUAAUGUAUAUAGCCGGAUCGGACGGUUAUGGGGAAUGUAUGGAUUGUUAUUGAUGACGAUGAAUAUGAAGCAAAGGAAGGAAACCAAAUGCGCUUGAACAGGAGAAAGUCCCGCGCGGUACGAAUACCCUGCUAAACGCGGAAACUAAAAUGCUGCGCCUCAACGCUACGUUGACGUCUAAGAUGGCCUCGGCAGGUAGAGCGUCUCCCUGUCGAAGUUAACGCAAAAAGAAACCUAUUUGAUUUGGACACGUGUCGCUCUUACUAUUUCCUGCGGAAGCGAGACCCCGAGCGCCGCCUGCGUCACCCUCACGCAAGCGGCGCGACGAGGUCUCGCGCUCGGACCGACUGCGUCGCACCACCGAUUUCUUGGAUGACCGGCUGAGAGCGCGAGUGGCCUGCGCUCUCUCCCCUUUGACAUUGGAGCGCCGCUUCUGGCGCAGGACAGUCCUUCGGGAACGGCCCCCGGCCGCCAAAGAAAGUCCCGGUGGGCUCUGCUGCGCGGGAGCUGCGCCGUCUCUUGGAGGAUUGCUCAUUAGCCCGUUUGCGUGUGUAGUAGCUCGUAGUCAGUGUUGAGUUCUCUGCCGCGGUGGACUCCACCCGCUGUGGGAAACCGCAUUUUCUUUCACUAAUCCUCCUUGAGUGUUUUCUUGUUUUUGUUCGAAUAAAGCAUGCUUUCAGCACCACA